GCUUUUCCUCCCCUUCUCUCUGACCCCGUCUGUCUGCUGCAGAUCAGCCUCCGAUCAUCACGACCAGCUUCAGUCAGAGCUGCCCUGCUGGACCGUCCGGAUGGAUCCCCUACUGUCCACUCACUCUCUAACUCUGCAUGUGUCCGUGGCAUGAACGACGUCUAGGAAUGUUGAUACUCGUUUUUUUCACGUCGCAGUGGCUCGACUGAGAGUGUUAUUCCAGCGGUAUGAUCAUUAUGUUGCAUAUGCAGCCAGCGUGAUUUGCUAUGCUGAUAUUACAAGCUAACCCCAAGCUAGCAGAGGGAUUGUUUUGGGAUAUAACUUCUUGAAAAACUCGUACGCCGACACAUGAAUUAGACAGUUUUUUGUGAUUUUUUUUUCAUCAAGCUGGAACAUAAAGGGGAAUGUCUAGCCAAGGAGUAAGGAGGAAUGGCCCAGUAAAGCUGCGGUUGACAGGUAAGCGAAUUUAAACCCCCUCCUGCGACGCUUCGACACGUUAGCAAGCUAGCCUCCUAACCGAACAGGCUAUAGCUAACAUCUGCAAAUGUUAUCAGUGGACACCGGCGCGAAACAUUCAGCAUGCAGUAUGCCCUGUGUUAAUUUAUAUCACAUUUAAUCUAAUGAAGCCACCACACAGAGCCUGUUUGUGAAGCUGUGAGUGAGCGUGGCUCGAUAGCAAACAUUAGCUGUAACACUUACUCAGCUGGCUAACGUUACUUCAGGCAGUUUGUCGCAUUAGCAGCUUUUGGGUUUCUCCCUCAUCAGUUACGCGAAAAAACAUUAGUCAGCUUUUGUCUAGGAGUGUGAAGGGGUUUUAGCGCAAUAAAUGCAGUUAAUUUUAACGAAUACUUAUUUACAAAUUGUUAAAAUCUAUUUAAAAGGACUAUUGUGGUUGGUGUCGUGUUACAAGUAUUUUUAGGAAGGUUAAAGGGAUGCUAAGUAGUAGCUGAACCCUAAAUUGAUUGUUUUAUUUUCAGUAUCCAUUUAUGUAGAUCAUACUUAGCUAUGUGUUAAACAAAAAGUAAUAGAGGAAUAACAGGAGUAAAGAUCUAUGAUUGUAUUGUUUUGGGUUCUGAAAAAAGGAUCUGUGGUAUCACCUUGAGGUAGGGCUGGGCGAUAUGGGAAAAAGUUUAUCACAGAUAUUUUUCAUAUCAGUCAAUAUUGAUAUAUAUCACAAUAUAAAAAAAAGAAAUUUAACAGUGCUUAUUAGUAGUAUGUCUUUUGCCAUACAAACAUACAAACUGCAUCUGUGAGGUCUUUGUGUCUCUUUGACAUUUUGUCGUAAGGCGUUGCGCUAGAGAAAGCGGACUGACUGAAUGGUUGGCUGCUUCGGCUGCACAGGCACCAUGGGUUCCUUGUUCCACUCAGGGUUUGUAAACUUUUGCAAUGUGUGUGGUGGCGAAAAAGAUUUGAGGUAUUCCCCGACUUUGUGAGAACAUGCACUCGACAUAAUUUGCAGUACACAUUACUCUGCUUCAUGUCCCACCUCAAAAAAAACAAAAAUACCUCCACACCGUUGACGUUUUUGUGCCAGUUUUGUCGACAAUGUCGUCAUCUGUUGAGUCUUCAUCUGCAUUUCUGCCAGGGGUAGCACUCAUUUUCUUUUUUUUUUUUCACUGACAGCGCUGUCUGCUUCACAUGUUAAAGUGCUAUGGUUGCGUGUGUCUACUUGUUGGCUACUUGGUUCUAAUUCAGCACAUGAUUGGUUCAGCACGAAGCAACUCCCCUUUUUAUUGGCUAUUUGUAUAGUCUACCAAAACAUGGCAGAAUGCCGACUAUCGAAAAGCACAUUGAUCAUAUUUUAUAUUGAUAUUGAGGGAAAUUAAUUUUCGAUAUAUCUCGUUAUUGUUUUAUCGCUGAGCCCUACCUGGAGGCAGAGGUUGUUCCUUGUUUUAUCUUUAACCUGCAUGGAUGGGUUUCUGCAGGGGCAACAUUUUGAAUCAGAUGCCCUCAACAAUUAGAAGUAUUCUCAUCAAACAAUAAACUUGAUGGUGUUCACUAGACAAUUAUGAUGAACUGGUGUUGAGAAAGAACCAAGAAACCAGACUUUGCAACAGAACAGAACAUUGUAGAGAUGAUGAAUUAUAUCAUACCACUAUGAAACUUUAAAGCAUAACAUGAGACAACAGGUGUUGAAUUAAAGCAUGGCUGUGGAUGUGCUGUCUUAAAAACUGAAUUAAUGUCAUUCUUCUUCUUAACCACAGUAUUCUGCAAAUUGAAGUACUGAAAAAGAUAAAUAACAAAAUCAUUUUCUGAAGAAAAAAAAAUGCUCUCAGAGCUCCAAAAUCCAUCCAGCCACCCUUUCCUGGGUCCCCCUACCACCAUUUGGGGAAUGGUUUUAAAUGGGCCACAGUGGUCUUCAGACGGAAUUUCAGGAAUGUGAAACCUCAGAGAGGAAAUGUGAGUCUUUCCCAGCCAUAGACACAUCCUCUGUCUGUCCUCCAGUAAAGAGAAAGGAUUUGGAAAACAGAAUGUGUGUGCAUAUUUGUGUGUCUAUGCAUAUGUGUGUGAAAGAUUUAUUUGGGUGCAUGUUGCCGAGUGUGACCUGAGUUUCUGCUCCCACUGUGAAAAUCAUUUAUGCCUUAUCUGCUGUUGGACUUCUGCAUUUAUACGGGCGCUGCGCUUUACACGUGAGCCUGGUUGUGGUCAGACUUGAGUUAUAUGUCUGAAACUGUGUGUAUUUAGACUUAAUUUUGCAUACCGACUGAAGUCCAGUUUUGCUCCAUCUCUUCUGCGGUCUCUUGUAGUAUGCUUUCUUUUCUCUGCCAGGGGAAAUUAGAAAUGGUGAAACCGAAGGCUUGUAUUUUAUAUGGCAGAGUUAUUUUAAACUAUUGCUUUGUUUAGCGACUGCAGUCUUUCUCCAGAUUCAGUUUAAUGUUUAGAGAAUGUUUCUUUGAUAUGAAGUAAACAGACGUGUAGCAUUACUACUACUACUACUACUACUACUAUUGUGACUACUACCACCAAUAACAAUAGUUAUAAACCAACUGGUAUUAUAGAAUUUGUAUGUGAGGUAACCCCCUAUUUCCACCGCAUCCGGAAUGGCUACGAAAAAGCCAUAUCCGCUGAUCAUAGCUGAUCGUAACCAUUCAAGUUAAUGUGUCAAUUUCCACCGACUUCUUUCCGUCCCCUGUGGAUCGCCGGACUCCGCAGCUGAUCGCAAGAGUUCUAUUUUUUCUGGACGCCGGAGCACGCAGGAUUAAUUCAGCACAGAUUAACCCGUGCUGGAAAGGAGGUCAGGCACAGACACAAAAUAAAACAUCCGGCUUCUUUUAAAAAUAAAACACUCCGUGUUUCAGCCGGAUCGUAUUUCACACCAUGCAAACAAGUGAAAGGUUUUUAGACAGCAUUUCACCCCGAUGACACCAUGGAUGAGGAGAUCCUGAUUCUUGAAGUCUAAAGGUGGAUGUCCUGCUCUGGAAGGACACAAUCUACUGCUUAUGUGUUUAUGUGGCUGUCUUUAUAGAGACAACUCCUUAUUGCACGACUACACGUGAAUCCGUGGGUUCUUGUGAGUUCUCGUGAUUCACGCUGUCCGUAAUCCGCCACGAAAUUUGCCCCACAAACGCAUCCAGUAGGAAUUGGUGGACGGCGAAAAUCGCUGCUGUGGAAAUUCAGGGUAAGACCGUGUCAAGAGGAUUCACCAAUGCUGCUGGGUGACAUCAGUAUCAACUCCUAAUCUAUAAAUCGUCUCCAGUCAUCUCCUAAUAUCCCCUCUUUAGCCUUUUAUACAUUUUGUCUCAGUCUGGUCUGAGAAAUUCAGAUAGCUUUGCAUAAGAUAGAGUUCUAGCUUCAGAUCAUGUUUUUUAAGAGUUGUAUUACAUACUUUCUCAUGUCUUCAUGUGGCGACAGGUCUUUGCAGAAGUAAUGCCAGUCAUUUGCAUCAAUGUGCUGACAGUAGGACUGCUGCAUGAAGAGUAUAUUCAUUAUUUUAGUCAUACAAACAUGCAGGAUUAACACGUCUAAUCAAUGAUGUCUGAGCUAAACUGGCGUAAAUAAGAAAAAUGAACAAGUUUGAGUGAGAAAAGAGAGUUAGACAAUUAGUCAGGGAUAUGGAUAUGAUAAAUGACAUGCAGAAUGAUCAGGAAAGCCAGUUUGUAAGUUUUAUAAAAAGUAAAAACAACAACCACAGCAUUGACACCAUGAAUAUUAACCAAAGGUCUGACAAAUUAAGCCCAGGCUGUUUUCUGCAGUAUCAUAUAAAGUGCAAGUAAUUUUGGUCUUGUGGUUCACCAAACCACAGAGAAGAUGCCUUUGCUUGGUAGAAGUUUCAUAAAAACAGCAGAAUCUGAAAUGUGCUGUAACAGUUUGCCACCCUCGCUGGGAUCACCUCUCAUCAUGGCAAUGGAUUUGAAUCUGCGUGGGGUGGGUUUGAACAGACUGCAGGAUUUCAACCGACUCAUCCCCGGCUUCAUCAUCCCACACUGCAGCCAAACCUCGCCUUCUAGUUUCUCACAAAGGCGUUUUUUUGGAGCUUCCCUUUCUGCUGAGGAAAUGCUAACUGGGACAAAUUUACUUGUGUGCUUGAAUUAAUAAAGAAACAUCCUAGUUUGAGUUUUGCUGGAAGGCAGUUUGUCAUGUCACCACUGAACUUUUUUAUGCCAAGCUUGUAAAAGAGAGCAAUUUAGGAUUUGGGGAGCUGUUGUUCCUGACACUACAGGGAGCUGACAAUUGGUGUAGUUACCCCUCUGUCGACUGCGCUGCGAGAGACGGUGUAUGAUUCACAGUUUCGAACAAGAACAAGGUGUUUCCCCCAGCUUUCUGUCUAUGGAUACAAUCUGGAAUUCCUCAAACAUAAAUGUAUGAGAUGUUGGAGGGGAUGAAUCCAUCUCUAAGCACAUCAACUUUUACCUUUAGCCUCAAGUAAGCUGUUACAACCUUUGCUGUGAGGAAGGGAUUCUGUCUAGCCUGAGACAUUUCCUCUAUUAGCGUGACACUCAGGUUUGAAAAGACAACCCGCGUACAUGUUCGUCAUCUACUUUCAUGUUGUGUUUGUGUCCCAACCAUUAAAUCAUCUCUGAAAGUUGGCGCUGGUACUUCAGUACACAUUUAAUGGGGGAAAGCCAGGAAGCUGGUGAUUAAGAUAAAGAUCCAGCCUCUGUCUCUAGGCCAGCAUCAGCACUGAGACAGAGUGCAUUUUAGAGAGGUUUAUUAGAGACCACUGUCUGAGCAGUUUUAGUCAGCUCUCAGAAAGUGCUGCUGUUGCUGCUUCUGCGUGUGUGUGUCCGUGUGUGUGGCGGCGGCACCUUAUUUGCAUUCCCCCCCAAAAAAGAGAAGAACACACACACUUCCAUGCACACAUGCAGACAGAUGCAGUCAGACGUGCAGUUGGUUUUCCACAUGAUGGACUGUAAGCAUGUGAUACUAGGCUAAAUUAGGGCCGUCUGCAAGAUUCCUGCCGCUCCUUAAAAGUCCUAGAGAGAUCUUAAAACUGGAAUCUGUCAAAUUUAGGCCAUCAGCUGUCUGAAAUGUAUGGUAGAUGUGAUGUAGGUAUUAAAUUCCAAGAUCUUCUCUGUCAAACUAAUGGCUAAUUAAGCAUUAUCAUUAUUAUUAUUAUUAUUGUUAUUGACUCCAACAUACACUGAGGAACCAGCAGAAAGUGGUGUUAGAUAGGUGUGGGAGAAAAAAUUGAUUCACAUAAGUAUCGUGAUUUUUUUGUUUUACAAUUUUUAAAUAGAUUUUUUUUGUUCAAAAAUAGACUUUUUUUUUCAAGUUUAGGAAUAAAUCUUAAAAACCAAUUUAAAUGUUAUGUAUUUUUUGGCGAAACAUGGUUCCUGGAAUAGUCAGUUGACAAUCAUAAUCAUUCGACUGUUUCACUGGUGUUAAAAAUACAGACUAAAAAUCAAGAAAAUCGACAAUAUACAAAAGUAUAUUGUCCCAGCCCAAGUGUUAGUAUGACACUAUGGGAAAAACCAAUGCGUCAGGAAAAAAGGCAUGCUUUACUUAAAAACUGUAAAGUCAAACAUAAUGGUGUUCCAUAUCAGGGAAGUGUUCUAAGACUUGAUUGACUCUAAAUGUAAUCUUAAAUAGCCUCAGAUAUAACCUUGAAAAUGGACCUCAAGUAUAAUAUUGGAAAUAAAAUUUUUACACAAUAAUGGUGAGAGAGCUGAAAGGAUUUGUGAAGUUAAAAGUUAUAAAAACAGGACCCUAACACUUGCGGUAAACUUCGUCCACAUUUAUGUUUUUAAAGAUUUAAAACAUUAUUUUUUAAUGAGUUACCUUUGCUUGAGUUGAAUUGUAAUUAUCUAUAUUAUUUAUGAAUUACUUGCAUUAUCAAGUACAGUGGGCAGCCUAACAAAAUAUAAUUGAUUUAAGCAAGUUUCUUUUUUUAAUUCGCCUAAACCUUACGUUUGUAGUUUGGGUUGCUUGCAGACACUCUACUUGACAUUCAUUUUGGCUCCCCCCAUGGCAAGAUUGACAGUUACUUAUAUUGUGAUAGAUAUGAAUCUAAUCAUUUGCCUCUGGUUUGGUGAUUAGAGGCUUGGAUUAUACAUGUGCUAGAAAUUGCGUCUCGUUACAUUCAAACUGUUAAAUUUCCGAGUUGGUUUUUAUUCCCUGCAAAAGUUUUGACAGUUGAAAUGUAGACCAGACUUAGGGAUUAGGAUUCACCAACACACAAUGGAUGUGAGUCAUACAGUGAUGUGUUUGUGGUUUUGCCAUCUGUUUUGUGUAUCCUUGGCACUGGCUUAAUUUGGGAACAAGUUUCGCUCUGGUGGAAAGUGCAACUUGACCCAGUUUUUUGGCAAUUAAAUGGCGCUCAUUCCUGCAUGAAUUGCCCCUUGUUCUUCUUUUUUGUAUAUUUUUGCCAAAUACAUCUGCUUUUUGGUCAUCCAUCACACAUGAUAAGCUAUGUUUCAAGAGUAUUAGCAGUGCCAACAUCAUUGGUCAACUAGCAUUAAAAGAAAUCUUACUUCAGGGAAGCAAAAAAAGUAAUAUGCAUUUGGAAUUAUUCAAAAACCAAAGUGUGAGGCAUGUUUAGGCUCGCUCAUGAAACUGAGCAACCCAGGCACUUGGACAAGUAAGCCUCAGCUGUUCAGUAUGCACCACAAAUCUCUACAGCACCACAGUGAAAAAGGACUGUGCUGUUUGCAGAGGUCAGUGGGUGAUUCGUCUACGCAGUCCAUUGCCUUUUGAAGUUCAAGGUCUAGAGCUUGUGCUGUAUAAGUAUGUCUAAGGCUACAUUAUGCUUCUUUCUAUUCUGCCUACUUCUAUCAUCUUUGGGGUAAGGCACAUAUGCUGGUACUUACUCCUUUUAUUUUUCCUAAGGCUGUCUGUAAAUGUGAAGUUAAAAUCAGAAGUAUGAAUUUUCCCAUUGCAGGCUUAGGGGACGUCUCUGUUGACUUAGUGUUUCAUGUGUUGUUUUAGUGGUGGCCUGUGUGCCUUAGCUCAAACAUUUAUCUGUAAAGGCUAUAUGUAGCCCACACUGGACAGCCAGUUGUUGCAAGCUAAUAAGAAAUAGUGUUCUUUAUAUAAAGGAAAAAAUCUUUUACUGCUUAUAAGUGUACUCUGUUUUGUUUUUGUAUGAUUACACAUAAGAAUCAGGGUCGUGAGUCACACACAUUGAGUCACAUUGUCGUGCUUUUUACUCAGCUAGCAACUUACAAAUUGACACUUAUGCUGCGUUCCAGUUAACUUGGAAGUCGGAGCUGGGAAUGACGUUACACCAGAGUUGACGGCGUUCCAGUUAACAAGUCAGAAAACCAAGAUGGACGCCUACAGUUGCCCGUUGUUAGCUGUUGUUUACAAUUGUCAGCUGUCGUUAGCCAUUGUCAGCGGUCGUUAGAGUUGCCAGUUGUAAACAACGCAUAACAUAGUAUUUUACUCUUACAAACACCAUAGCACCAUGUUCACAGUUAGAUGUUGGGCAGUACAACAUACACCACUUAUUUAAUUUCACGAAAACAAAAUAGAAAUGCUGCUAAAUAAUACAUUACAAGAGCUUUUACUUUUACUCUUUACUGUUGAUGCACUGUGCUGCCAUCUUGGAUUAUGACGUCAUCAAGUUGGGGUUGACAAGGAUCAUCCAACUUUCUGAGUCGGACAUCCGACUUCAGGGGGGCGUUCCAGAUGAAUUUCCGACUCGGAGCUUGGAAAUUCCAACUUUUGAGUACAACUGUAACACAGCAUAAGUAUUGAUCUAGGAUGAUUUAUGAUUUCCAGUUUACGAGUAUAAAUCUCUUUAAACUGAAAUUUUUCAUCCACGGUGAAAUCACAACAGAAGUGUUUUCUGUCGGUAUUUUCAUUAAAUCAGAAAAUACAACUGUAUAAGUCUUCCCUGUAACUUUUCUGUUGGCAUUUUCUUCCUACUUGAUCAGUCUGGUUACCAGAGCCCAUGCGGUGUUGCCAUUCAUGUCUGUAUUCAUCAGUUUGGUCUCAUGAUUUUGACUCAGCUCCUUGUGUUUUUGUACACUUCUUGCUUAUUUUUGUGCCGUUUUACCAUUUCUUGUUUUCUUGUCUCUGCUGGUGGCUGAUCAGCUGUCAAACACCGAUCUCAAGCUUGACUCUCUCCAAAUAAAAUAAGACCAAAAUCAAAAAUAUCCCCAUGUUGUCUGCAGAUGUUGAAAAUGAAUGUUUUGUCAGAUUGUUAAUAGGAAGGGAUAAAAUCAACAGUACACUAGAUGUGUUGUAACUCUUUUUAAAGGAUUUAUUUACAUGUGUGAUGUGUGUGAAUAAGUCGUGGCCUAUGUCUCUAGACUUGAUCAAAGUUGUUAUGGGGGUUUUACCAAUCAGAUUCAAGUAUUAGACACAGCCUGGCGAUUAAUAAGAAAACUGGGUAGUGCAUAAAGUUUUUUCAUGUGACAUUGUGUGGAUCACCUAUGUGAGAAAGCUCAACUUAUGUUUAGACAGUUUUGUUUGCUUGCUCUCAGACUGUGUCUUACUUCCGCUGAAUAGUCCCCAAACAUUGAUUGUAGUGUAGUUAAGAGAAGCUUAACUACUGCUGCUUGCAUUCUUAUCUUGGUUCUUGUCCAAUAAUCUGAUAUUUAGCCAGAGGCCGCUCUGUUUAUCAAGCCAGUGUCUUUUCUGGCAAACAGAUACUCACUGCUGCACAUACAGAUAGCCACUGUUUCGGGCUCACAGUAUUUGAUUUUUGCCGUUAACUGGCAUGUUGAUGUUUUUCAACUCAUCUUGGCCAAUUCUGAAAUGUGCUACCCUUUUUUUUUUUUUGAUGGUAGAAAACACAAAGUCUCACUUGUACUAGAAAUUGGCUGUGAAUUUAUUGUGAGAGUCUGUUUAAGAAACAGACAUAAAACAAGAUUUCAUUGACCUAUAAAUGACAAAUGUAUUCAUUUUUUGAAACAUAGCCAUUCAGAAAUAUGGGCGCCCAUACGUCUUGGCAUUGUUAAAAGACUGAAAGAGAGGCUGUGCUGUGGGUGUCUGACACUUCAAAAUACUUCCACUCAGUUGGCUCGCAUUAACAUCUGCUGAUUCAUCAGUUAACUUAUUGAGCAAGCAAUAUGAUGCUGAUAAUAUCAUGCAAAAACAGCAGUGUAUUUACGAUCAACACAAUGUUGAUUUCACACCACAGUCUUGGUAAGCGACAUGUCAAGGAGGAGGCUUUAAGAAAUCCACACAUUUUUGAAGAAUUUGGCUCUUGAAUCCAAGGAUUUGUUAUGAGCCACCCUCUUCCUUCUUUACUUCCCCUGUUUCUCUGAAAAUCACCCCAUGAAAUAAAGCUCUUGGUAUGUGUAUGUGUUUUUGUUUUGGAUAUUGGCUUUGCUGAUGGUGAUUUACGGGGAUGUAAUUUCAUAAUGUGGGUGAAAAGGGGACACAGAGCUCUGAGCAGAUUGUGGUCAUCUCACUUUCUCCUCAGCGCUCAGAUUUCAUGCUGUAGGGGAAACCCAGAAUUUCUAGUGUGUUCAGCUAUAUCCUUUUUGUUUCACUGAUGUACUUGUUGUUAGUUUACCAGUGUUUUUGUCUUAUUAGGUUUAGUAAAGUAUCUCUUUGCUCUACAGAGAUGUCAUCUGUCUGGAGCUGAUUGCAAAAUGGAUGCUGGUUAAUAUUUUAUCCGUCUGUGAUGGUUUUAUUGUGAAAUAUUAUUAAGUUCUCUAAUUCAAGCUGGUGUAGCAUUUUCAGGCACUUCUUCUUAUUCCAACACAUCCCUGUGUUUUAGGAAGACUUGGGCAUAAAAGGAGACUAUGACUCAGUUCUGAAAUCUAGCAGGUCACUGCCAGCCUCAUAACUCAGCUUUACUGUCUGCUCAUGACCUGCUUUUUACCCAUGUAACACAGCGGGAGCUUACAUGCUUUUAACUCAGCUAAAAUCGUGUCUGCCAGAAUAUCAGGCUAAAAGCUGGACACAUGUAAACUCAACUGAGUAAACUCAACAUUUUAUUUGGUCCAAAUUUGACACAUCUACACAUUACAGUCUGUGAAUAGGUAGAUCUAUUCUCUCGAUAGCUUUGGACAAGUUUAUUCCUGGGCUUUGGUUGUUUCAGUCAAUCCCCGGGUUUUAUCUGCUUUUCGUAUUACUUUUGAACUUGGUGGCAUCAGUGUACUUCUGAGCAGGAAAAUGGAAAGACUGAACACCUCUCUAUUAUAUAACAGGCUCUGACUGGAGAGAAGGUGGUUGUCAAUGUGCAGAAUGCAUUAAACUUUCCAACUGCUUCAAGGAGGAUUUUCCCGCUAAGUGUGGAGGAGAAAUAUCACCUUUGCUUUUCAUUUGCUUGGGUCAUAAUUAUCUUGACAGCCUCUAAGAAUUAUUAGUAGAUAAAAAAAAGUUGAGGUCUUGUGAAUUUAAUUUUUAGUUUAUGAAGACUUCCUAAUUUUCCACGAUGUUGCUUGACCUUCUUUUACCUUCCUUGCACCCUCUGUAUAUCUCUUUAUUCAUCUUUUGUCGUUUCAGUUUUUUACAUCCUCUUUUAUGUCUUGAACAGGAUGUCCUUCAUUUCUCUGUCAUUUCACUCUCUUACUUCCUCCCCCUCGCUCACCCCCGGAUCUGGCCCAGACAGGUGGCAGACAACUCUGCCGGUGUGGUUCCAGUUUAGUAUACUUUUUUUUUAUAUAUCUGUAUUUAGCUUGUGAUGUGCACAUACAUUCACUCAUCUGUGCACUUCCUGUAUGGGUCCCUCAGCUUAGUGAAGUAUGUGGUGUUUGUCAGAGUUUGUUUGGGGACCCCACAGAACUCUGUGCCAAAGCAGUACUUUCUCUUAUUCCAUAGGGAAGGAGUGGGUGUUAAAUUAUGUCUGAUUCACUGUUGUCAGUAUACAGUCUUACAAUAAGGGGAAAAAAAAUCAGCCUAUACAAUUGAAUACAAAACCAACAGAACACAAAGCCUUGUGCACAAACUGUUAAUUGAACGAGAGAUCGGCCUCAGGUCUUAAGCAGCUAAAGCCCGUUGUUAUAUGAGUAAAAAUGCUGGUAAUGCUAUUAAAAGGAAGUUGUUUGUAGCCUCAGUCUUUGCCUCAAUCUCCACAAGAGAGACUGCUGGAACGACCUUCAGGAGGACAAUGUUCAUGCAGGAGUUUGUUGUUGAAAACAAUCUCUGGAACCACAACGAUUGCAGAAAAACUGAAGUGUGUGUCACUGAAAUAAAAAAAAAAAUAAUAACUUUUCGCAGUUGUCAGGCUCGAGUUGUAAAUAUAAACAAGUUUAUCCUUGUGACUAAAAAAAAGUUGCUUUUCACCUUUCCAUAGAAUUAUUUCUUCUCAAUGCUGUGAAAGCAUCCAAAUGAAGCAGGAAAGCAGAUCCUCCCCCUCACUGCUCUCCUGCUACUGUUUCUGCGGUCAGACUGCCCACCAGUUUGACUGUGUGUGUGUGUGUGUUAUUGUGUGUCUGGUAGACCACUCAGUGUAUCUACUGUACAAACACACACACAUACACACAUUCACAUACACCACUGCUCAGAUUGCAUUUCCCGCUCUCCAAAUCUGUUUCUGUGUGGGAGAAAGACAGUCGGAGGAUGCAGUGGUUUUUAUUGUGGAGAUGAGGGUCAAGUCUCUCUGAUGAUGCCAGUGCGCCACAACUUCCUACUCUUCUUUUAGCAUAAUCACAGAAACAGCAGGAUUUCCCACCCAAAGUAAAAACAAUGAUUCAGUCACAGGGGAGCUGCUUUGUCGGUCUUUUUGUUUGAUUUGUUGCAAUCUUCAAGUUUUUUUUUCUAAUCUCUGCAAAAGCAAAUAUUUACUGCUUUCUGGGUGAUUUUUCCUCUCAAGUUUUUUAAAUCCCAGCAUAGUUGUGAAAACACUGUUUUAUUUAAAGCUACAAAGCUAUAGCAUUGAGUAAUGUAAGAGAACACAGUUUAAAGUUGGAUUCUGGUGAGAAAUUUCCUUGCUUAUUGGCCUCCAGCAGAGUCCAGAUCCACUGGAUAAAAUGAAAAUAAUUAGUUCAGCAGUUCAGUUACAAUCAUAAGGUCAUUGUAUAGAUAUGCUUCUAAACUGCACAUUACUCCUCUUCUCAUAUAGUCUCUUAAAGCACAGGAUCCACCAUUAACCUCUACAGGGCACCAAAUCUGCUGCUACCUAUCUCCAUACCCCUCUUACCGAGGGACAGGCAUAGGGAAAACCCAGUACCAUCUUUCUCUGUAUAUGUAGCUUUCUGUCAAUGUGUUGCCUACUCCUCUUACUUCAAACCGUACAAAAGUCAUCUGUCAUUUUCCCUGUCUAUUUUAAAAGCAUUUUAGCACAGUCCUGAAGUCCUUUUCUCCUUUUACAAACUUAUGAAUAGAAGAAUAAAAAGAUAAGGGUUACACCUUACCUUCAUCCAAUUACUUGCUACUCUUAUAGUUGAGGUGCCAUGUUUUCAACGGUCGAUGAGCAUGGUAGUAAUUGUUAAUUACUCAUGUAUGUACAAGAGAAGACCGGGUCUAUCAGACACAUUUUGUGUUUGACACAUAAACACUCAGUGAUUAAUUUGUAGGGGUGGGAGAAAAAAAUUGAUGCAGCGCAGUAUCACAAUAUUUUGUCUGGUGAUAUAUCGUGUCAUCUCAUUUACCAAGAAUCAAUUUUUCAAAUUCAUUGCUGAUAUGAAGUCAAAUCUAUGAUAAUGUACUACAUAAAAAUAAAGUACAGUGUAAAUAAGACAAACAAAAAGGAAAGCCAAAUGCUAAAUUAGCUGAACAGUUGAAAAACUUGUGUAAAUUGCAAUAUAUUGUAUCGCAAUUCUCACUGUAUUGCAAAAUGUUAAAAAAUCGCAAUAAUAAAUCGUGGCUUAAGUAUCGCAAUACUAUUGUAUUGUUGCCAACAGUGUUCAUUCAAUGCUCAUUCUUCUUAUAAUUUUUUGAAUACCACAUGCUUUUAACAGUAAAAUGUCAGUUAUUCUUACAUCCGAUUAAAAAACUAAAGAUCAACACUUAUAUCUUCAACUCUGCUGUGAGCAAAUGAAAGUGAAAGAGCAAGCAGCAGAGAGAGCACCAGUAAAGUAAACAUAACAGUGAGAAGUUAUUUCCUGGUUGUGUGACAGUAGUUGUACUCUGAAGAACCAAUCGUAUCCACACCUGAGCGUAAACAUGCAGGCAGGCCUUGGGUUUGAUUUGUUUCAAGCUGAUUUUGCGCUUCUGUCUGUCUGCUGCGUGUGUUUUCCUGAUGUCCAUGCGCUGCUAAAUCCUCUCUUCACUGGUUGGUGAAUGCUGAUGUUUUCUUGAGUCCUUAAGCAUCUAAUGCAAACACAGGUUAAGUUUGUCUUUUGUUGCAGACAGUCAGAGAGAGACAAUGAAAUCACUUCCUCUCUAAACUGUGUGUUUUUUUAAAUAUAAGCUGUCGUUUGCAAAGAUAGUUGUUGAAGACAGACAUGACUGGUAUAUAGUAACCAUUUAAUAUCCUUCACCAGCUCUUAUCUCCAUCUCUCUUAUACUACUUCUCCUUUCUGUCCUAUUCCAAGCCUUGCUCCUCUGUUUGAUAUUUCUCUUUACUCUCCUCCAUCACUGCCGCUCUCCUCUUUUAUUGCCCUACUUUCUUCCUCUCAAUGCUCUUUAGAUUCCCACCAACCCAACCCAACCUCUGAGUCCCGCUUUCCACGUCAUAAUCAUGGUCAUCGUGUUUCUCUGCUCUUGUCUCCUCUCUUCCUCUUCCUCAGUAGUUCAAACGCACGCUGUUAAAUAGACCCCGCUGCCGUUCUGGCAAUAAGACAAACACAAGAAAUGCAGCAGAGACAGCCAGACAUUUAUUACACAAACACUGACUGGGUACUGAUAUAGUAGCUGUGGUUUGAAGCUCUUUAGGGUAAUUAGCUUGUAUUGAACUGUGUCUUAUCCUGUGAUAUGACAAUUAAGUUACAUUACAUAAGGGCUGCUUUAUUAUGGCGAAAAUCAUAACCACAUUUUUUAAAAUAUUGAAAACACUCUGAGCUUUUCAAAAACAUUAAAAUAAAUGAAAGUGAAAUUUACUUUAAUAAGUGGAACUAACUGUUCAUCUUUUUUGUUUAUCAGUUAGCCUGUCUGUCCAACUAAGUAGAUAUUACACACACAUGCACACACACUUUCUCUUACUUCUCUAUCUGUUCUACCCCGGUUCAUAAUUAAGGUAAGAUAAGAACUUUAUUGAUCCCCGAGGGGAAGUUCCUGACUUCCUCAAACUCCCUGAUUUAGUUCUACAUUGACCUGAGCUCAUAAUGAUGACAUUAAGUGAGAGCUGUUUAAGAGGGAGGGGUAAAGCACAUGCUCAGUUUUAGAGAAGAAAGAGGGGUUGUUCCUCAUCAACCAUUUAGGACACAAUGAGCAAGACGCAGUAUCACUUAGUCUCUAUUAUCUUAUUCUUAUGAUAGUGUGGAGUCAUAAUCACAAUUGAAACUGAAACCCAAUUAAUUGCCAGUUCUGUAUCACAUUAGAAUCUUUUUUAAUUUUUUUAUUUUAAUGCUUCUCGUGGGUGUUUUCUCUUUCUUUUUUUUUUUUUUUUUUUGCUGUCUUGUCUGAUGAGCUUGACUCCCCCUGGCUUCUUUCUUCAGCCUUAAUUCUUUGAUUUCUUGAUCCUUCCCUCCAUCCUUUCUCUCUGCCUCAUGUCACCUUCCCCUCUUGGAUUCCCUCCUCCCAAACUCUCCAUCUGUUCAUUAUGUGGCAGCUUACCUCUGCCUCAAAACUAAUUCACCGUUUUCUUACAGCUUAUUCGCAGUGUUCUGCUCAAUCUCAGCUGUUUCCUUUCCCUAAAUAGUCAUUUUCUGUUGUCAGCUUACUGUUGAAAUGAAGGAGCUAAAUGCAGCGGCAUCACAACAAAAUUGUAAACAUUUCUGAAUCAUGAUUUUACAUCAUACAUUUUUAAGCUUUGAUUUAGGGCUGGGUGAUAAACCAGAAAAUUAAUUUCUGAUGUUAUUUUGCCCGUAUGGGUAUAUUCAGUGUCAAAAAAUGAAUAAAUAAAAGUUGGUUUUGGAUGUGUGUAGGUAGGCUAUGGUCUCAUGUCCCUUUAAGAUGCUGUCCUACAUUGGAGAUGUGACUCCACCCAAUCCAGUCUGUAACACAGAGGGAAAGACAGGUGAGGGGAUGGAGAACAGUUCAAAAGUUGUGGCUGGAGCAACAGCUGAAGUAGACAAAGUUAAUGUGGGAAUGGUUGAGCAGCUUGUGGAGUAGUUAAAGUCCAUAUGCACUCAUCGAGGUGAACUGCUCAAUAUAUCGUGGUAUUGAUUUGAGGCCAUAUCGCCCAGCCCUACACUCAUGGCAGACAUACUUGGACUACAACCAUGAUCCAUCAUACUUUUGUAUAAUAAAUGCUGUGAUUUUUUGCUUAGCUCAUACUGAUACAGAAAUGUAAACACAGGCUCAAUCUGAUUGUAUUAAAAUGCUGAGUUUUCUGUAGCCAAGGCUUGUUAGAGUGAACUUGUUUUAUAUACUGCAGAGCAUGCAAAUAACAAAAAAAAAAGUGCUCAUCAAGUUAAAUUUUGAACCAAACUUAGAUGAAUGGCAGGGGAUUUCAGUUAAGUAUUAUCUUCAGAGACAUACACAUAAAAGCACGACCUACGUAUGUUAAUUUUACAAAAUCCUAAAUAUCUCUUGGGCACACCAGGUUCAUAUUCUAGUAUUCCUCUUCUAUCUUCUGUCAUCUCCUCUUAUCUCUCCCUGACCUACCUGCUUCUCCUGUCACAGUGUUUUCCAUGCUACAAAACUGUCAUCAGUGUCAAAAUUCCCUGGUCCAAAUUAAGUUCUCCCCUUUCUUUCCCUCUACUGUCUACAUUCCUCAGAUUUGUGGGUGUAGAUAGACCUCUCUCAGCGCCUCCUCACAUUCCUCCAUCACUCUUCCUCCAUUCCUCUGUAGAUUCCUGCCACCAGAUGAACAUUUCAUCUUUACCUUCUCAACCCCUUUCGAGCCCAGCCCACCUCCUCAUUAAAGUGAAGUGAAUACGUUCCACUUCAGAUUCCGACUCCAGAUUGUUGGCGUCUCCUCUGGGAGUAGAAAGCAGGCGGGAGGGGGAUUGUCAGCUGUAACUGCUGGCCUCUCAGAUGGAUGACAUAAUUGGCAUCCUGAGCAUUUACUGGACUGGAGAAAGGCUGAGGGUGGGAGGUUGGAAAACCAUGCAACGGCCCUCCAAGGAAAGCUCAUAUAGAUUUAAAUCCCAGUUUGGCAGCAUUACCUUACAGUGAACGCUUCUGCAUUCUACAACCGUUAUUUUUUUGCACUGUUGACAAGCUGCAGUCACACACAGUUAGUCACGUCCAUGCUCUGCACUUGUGUUUGACAUUCGGCCAACAUGCAUUCUCUGUGUGUCCUGGUAAGUGAGUGAGCUCACCGGGGAGGCGUGAGGACAGGAAAAGGAAGUGUUUAGUUAAACUGUGAACAAUGCUGUGAAUGAGACAGCGCUGGACUGGAGCAGGAGUUAAAACAGGGGCAAUGGGAUAAGACAUUAGCCCCUUUAAAAUUUGAAUGGCCAUGCUCAGGGACUCAAUGAGUUGCUAGUAGGUGUUAAUAUAGUUUUUAUGUUUUUUUUUUUUUUUUUUUAGUUGUGAUAAGAUUGAUAUUUUUCCUCUCUUAAAGGUGGGGUAGGCAGGAUCUGAGGAAGUGCCAGUUUUUGGGAGAAAUCUUGAAUGUAAACUCUACCCCUCCCAACCAGUUUUCCCCUCAGCUCCUCCUCUCCCCUCCCUCUCUGCUCCAGCAAGCUCCACCCACAAACAGACACUCCCACUCGACCGUAUCAUUUCAGUUAAAUUCAGAUAUAAUGCAGAUAGAUACUUUAGAUAAUUACAAACAGGGCCAGUCAAUGUGAAAGUAAAAAGCAUUGGUGCUACCGUAGAUGCCAACAGACUACUAGCAAACACAGGUUUUAUGUGCAUGUAUAAAGUAAAACAUGAGCAGAGGUAAAAUAAAUCAAAUUCUGGCUUUGUGUCACAAGCUAAUUCCCGUUUUUUUAUUGCUAAACAAGAUUAUUGAAAACAAAGAGGGCUCCAUCUGUUUAUUCAGAAAUAUUCCCUCCUAUUUUCAGUGUCACUUCUCACUCGUUCUUUAAUUAAAAAAUAUAUAUAUAUUUGAUGCAAACUCAUGAAUAGAGAUGAACAUUGAGAACACACAUUUAUAAGUAGAAGUACAUGAUUGGUCAGUACUGCUAAGCUCACGGACAAACAGUGCUUUAACCAGUGUUCUGUGUUAUUGCACAGAUGUUUCAGGUAAAGACUCAUCUUCAGGAUUCUGGCAAGCAAACUCAGAGUGUGUAUGUCUUUUGCCAACAACUUUACCUGGAAGGUUUCAUCUCAAGUUUGGUUCUUUUUUUAGCAGUAGGACUCACGGUUUGUUUGACAGCUUAAGUCACACUCUAAUGUGUUUAACAUAAACAUAACAGCCUGCCUCAGUGUUGACCGUGUUAAUAUUUGGAAACAGGUCUUCAUGGGCCGGCUGUGUUGAUUAAAUACCAAAGGUCUAUUACAUAUUUGCCCCUUGAAUUUGGCUUUGACACCAGCUGAGAGGCUCAUUACUCAUGUAGGCUAUAAAAAGCCUAAAUUUGGGGGUUUAAAGUGAAGCAAGCUGUUAAUAGUUUGUUACAUUACAGCUUCAUGUAGGACUGGGUUGUGUUUGGAUCAGUAUGGUCAUGACAAAGUUGGGCAUAAAAAGUUGUUUUACCGUUUAUAGCUGAGCGAUCCCUUCAGUUGUCCAUAGCAACAGAAGCAGUCUUUUUUUUAAUACAAGCAAAUGUGCUUAAAACACUUUAUACAAAACAGUCAUCUGUGUAAUAACAUUUGCAUGCAAACUCUGUAAUCGGAUGCGGAGGCAGCAAAGCUUGACUGUCCGUCUUCCUGUGCUGUAGUAGAAAUCAUCAAACAAGUGGACCACAAAGCAGCUGUACUUUAUUGUGGGGUUGGCAGGGCACAAUCAUGCAAUCAUUAGUUAUUUCCUGCAGUUAUAGGCAAUGAAUCACAGGACAUAUAAAAAAAUAUACAAAAAAUUCUUUGGUUUUAGGAAGAGCAUCUCCACUCUUUGAUGAUAUUGAGUAAGUGAGAGCAAGAGAGGCUCACUGCAUUUUUAGAUACAAGCAACUGCAUUCCAUUUAUUCAAAUUCAUCAGAUUUCAAGACGACCACAAACUUCAAAACUUGCUGUGAUACAGAUUUUUUAUAUAUCAUAUUACUUGAUCCAUCAAACAGGGUAGCAGUUAUCUUAAACCUCUUAUUGGGGUUUAAAACUUCUCAACAUGUUUGUAAAAAGAGAUGGUGAGAUGAUAUGAGUGUGUCAUUGAGCAGCUUUUGUAAUUCAUGACUCUGAGAGCUUCCCUUGUGAAAGUAAGGCUGAAACUCCUUACACCCUCCUGAGCUUGUCUGUUUAUGACCUUUCACCUUAUGACCAGAACUAAUGCCAACCUUUAGUCUGACCUUUGUAUUUAGACAGAUGGAGAUCAUUCAAAGCUCCAGCCCAGUAACUGCCCCUCUUUUUUGGUCCAGAGCACACUGUGCAUGUCUUGCUCUGAAAACUUAUUGUUAUUAUUAUUAUUAUUAUUUUGUUUCAUACAAUAAAGAUUUAUCCAAAAUAAUAAAGUAAAUUAUUUUCAAUUGACUUUUGUUUAUUUUGACUGAAUUAAAAUUUAAUUGCUGAAAACUUUUUAGCAAAAUAUUUUGAUUUUAUGCCCUUUUAGCUGAAUUGUACAUAUACAUUUCAUCCAGCAUUAAAAAGGAGAAAAAUGUUAAAGUAACUUUUUUAUUCUUGAUUAAUGACUAACUCAUUACUCAAACAUUUUGUCCAUUUUUACUCCCUUCUGGAGUGUGGACAUACCCACAGGUACAAAGACAUGUAUUUUUCUGUGCUCUUGUUUGUCAUAGUUUCUUAAAACUCCAAACAAAGGUGAAGGCGGAAGGUUGAAGUAAUACACUGUCUGUUCCCCAGGGAACGAGAAGCUAUGGUUGGCCUCUGAGGCCUAAGGACACAUUGUCUGGGUCAUUGUCAGGCCACUGUCUGUCUCCACCUCCCAUAUGCUCCCGACAGUGGUUCAAAAGUGGUUAAAGCUUUAUCCUAGUAUGUCAGUUGCAGUGGCUUGGUUUGGUGUGGCUGUUACUUUGAUUUAUAGCUGCUGUUUCAGACUUUGAAUUGGGGUUCUCAAAACAGCAGCUGUUUAAGUCCUCUUCAUAAAUAGUGAAGCACAGUUGACCCUUUUUUGACCCUUUAAAUACUCUUACAGUUUGGCUUAGUUUUAGGGCAACAAAGACAGCACUUCACAGAGCUUUGAAAUGGAUCCCUCAGUCUUCUUAUUUCAUUUUUUCUCUGUUAGACUUUAGCUGUGCUGAUCUAGUUCCUAAUUUUAGACCAACUUGCUUCUCUGAAAACUUGAUUUAGAUGUUAAGUGAUGAAAGCCUUCACUUGGUUAAUAAAAUAAAAAAUAAUGAUGACGAUUAUGAGAACAGAGAGUCAUCUGCUGUAAAUGAUUUAUUUAUAUAUCAAGCUAGCAGCCUCUGUUUUGGAACACCUCUGAUGGUGGCAUCGGUAGUCUAACUGCAGUUCUCAUAAGCCUUGUAGUAUAACGGUUGUUUUCACUUCUGUGUAGCUUUUGAGAAGUGUAGAUAUUUUACUGAUCUGGUUGUGUCCACAGAAGUUCCAAUUCCCACGGUAAAGUCGAAGUCACAUGAAGUGCUCUGUCAUGGUCUUGCAUGAAGUCACUGCAUCCCGCAUCCCAGCAAUUUGCAAACAGCAGAUAUCCCAGCAUACAUUCACCUUAAGAGGGUCAUACACACACACAGUUGAUGUCCUGAUAAGCUAACACAUAACUAACCCCCAGUAACCAGUCUGUGAGAACAUGCCCAUAAAUUCUUAACGGCUAUUACAGGUCAAAUAACUGGAAAGAAGCCUGCCAUAAUUAGAGUUAUAAAAGAGGACUUGAGACUUGGAUUAAGAGAACGUGGGACAGUACAGUUGAAGACGAGCUUGUGCAGUUAGGACAGUGAAGCAGUGACAGCAAUGAGACUUCACCCUAGGACUCCCCGGUCGUUUACUGAUUCUUAGUUGACCUAGCUUUCAGUGUUUGGAUCUGACCGAGUCUGGUCCUCUGCCAGUCCUGGGUCACCAUGGCCUGCUUGCUCACGUGGCUGUAUUCAACUCAGCUGGAUCCCCACAGGGUGCAGAGGGGAAAUUUGAGUCCUCAUUGAUGAUAGAGACCACAGUGAUAGAGCCUGCAUAGAUCUAUGAAGGUACUUACAUUAUCAGGCAGGUUGGAUUAUUUUUUACCCAGACUGCUGUUUAUGGUUUCAAAAUGUAUUGGGGUUACAUUGGCUACAGUAAAGAUUGAUUUCAUUGAUGAAGUUUCCAGGCUGUGUCUUUGAGUUAAACUUUCUCAUGUUUCUUGUUGAAAUUUGUUGAUGUUCUGUUACUCUGUGCUCUGGAAGUCAUGAAAACCUCACCCAUGAUCUCUAAAAAUGUUGCUGCCUUUUGUUAAAACUGUUUAGUUGUAUAAUUUAUGCCCUCUUUGAACCUAUUCAUUACCAUUAGUUGCAGUGGCCUGCUGUGCCUGGCGGCGCUAUUUGUGAGAGGCUAUUGGUGACAAUAAGGGAGGAUUUUCCCUCUGUGGUGAUUGUGUCUGAGACAGUGGAGCAGUGUUCAGGUUAAUCCCUUUAAUCUUCAUUAGCAUAGUUUGGUUACCAGUCUUUACAAGUGCUUGGCACACUCAGUUUGACCUGGCAGCUAUCUACCAGUGUUGCCUGCUCUAUCACGAAAUCUUUUCUGCUAAUACCCUGUUAUACAUGCACAUAAAACAGGCUCACAAAUGUAUUGCCAAGUAGAAGGUUCAUGCAUAAGAUAAUGACCCAAUUGAACUUUGGUGGUUGACCAUUGUCUCCAAGUUGCAGUCUUAAUCCACAAAUGUUCAGCCAAGAUUACAGCCCCCUGUUUAUCCAGUAUUUCUCUUGUCUGCUGUCAGCAUGGUAUCCAUUUAGUCCCACAGGAGGCCUUACUGGCUGCCUCUGAUUUGGCCUUGGCCCAUACUGUCGGCUUUGGCAGUGUAAUUUCCCCUGACAAGCUGAGUGUUAGCGCUCAUCCUGUUGACCCUGUUGGUGUAAUUUGGUUUCUGGUGAACUUGUCUACCACCAUGUCGUGCUUCUGUAUGAUUUAUCUGACUGUUUCAGUCUGUUCUCUGUGAAGGUGUCCACACUGAAUAGAUGUAUAUCAGAUUGGUCCAAAGUGUAACCAAAGUCUUUUCAGAGGUGGUGCUUGUUGGGUUGCAGGUUCAUGUGAUGGGUAAUCCAUCUACAUGAUGUCUCGAAGACAUUCAUUUUUUUAGGACAAAGUUCAAAAUAUAAUGAAGCUUUUCAUGAUGUGGGCUAACACAGAUUGUUUAUUUGACUUAACCCAUACAACCACUCCACUGACUGAAUCAAGCACGAACCUGAGACCAAAAAGAGUCUGUAUGUAUGUAAUCGUUACAAAGACCCAGCAGUGCCUUCACCUUUCUGUCUGCACAAUCAUAUUCCUGCUUUUGAGGCACAGGUAGAGGAGAGCAGCUGAGAAAAAUGCACCAAAAAGGAGAUCAGAAAUAUCAAAGGCUGACAUUUUUAAAUGAACCUUCAGUCCUUUUUAUUUGUCUGCAGCCUAUUGAGCUGCCUCUGAACUGCAGAGGAAAUCACUCUUUUGUUUGACUAGUACAUUUACAUAUUGCAGUUAAUCCGGACUGUCCGUAUUGUGAUUUGGUUGAAAAGGAACAGAUCACCUGCUGUACCUGAAUAAAUUAAUAAAGUCCAUGACCACAGGUAGAUGGAAGCACUUGCAGAGAAACUGAACAGCAGGAUUCUUCUUACCUUCUUUUUUUCUAUCUCUUUUUUGUAGUUUAACAUUCCCUUCAUUUCUCUGACAACCAAAUGAUUAAGGUAUAGGGCUGGGCGAUAAACCAAAAAAUUUACCAAUACUGAAAUUUACAAGAAUAUAUUUAUAUCAAUAUAUUUGGUGUCAAAAAAAUAAAAGUUGGUUUUAGAUGUGUGUAGGUAGACUAUGGUCUCAUGUCCCUUUAAUAACGCUGUCCUAUGCCAGAGACAUGACUUCCCCCGCCCAUCCAGUCUGUAACAAAGAGGGAAAGACAGGUGAGGAGAUGGAGGACAGUUCAAAAGUUGUAGCGGCUGAAGUAGACAAAGUUAAUGUGGGAGGGGGUGAGCAGCUUGUGGAGUAGUCAUCGUCCAUUUAUCGUUAUCUGCUCAAUGAACUGCUCAAUAUAUCGUGAUAGUAUUUUGAGGUCACAUCGCCCAGCCCUAUUAAAGCGUGCCAUCAGCAUGUGUCUGUUUGCUCUCUGCCCCCAACAAACUAGAGGGAAGAUAUUUAUAAGAGCUGAAGAGGAAAAAAGACAAGGCCUGUCUAGUCCACACACAACACUUACUCUGUUUCUGUUGAAAGCUGUUGUAUUUCAUCUGUGAUGCAAACCCUCAGUGACUAGUUCAGGCGGGAAAAAGUGCUUGUCAUCUGAAUAUUUUAGAAGAAGAAACUAUUUAAACUGGUCCCCUUGCUUUUGAUUGGGCAGUGAGGGUGGACAAACUGAUAUGUUGGAGGAAAAUACAGCAGUGAUGACUCAAAGGAAGCUUGUCGGACUGAAAUGAAUAAAUCAUGACUUCUUUGAGUAAGCUGUAUUUUGACAGAAGGCGGUGAAACACUCAGAUAAAACAAAGGUGCAGCAGCAUCCACACAUCUGUCGAUUUUAACGGUAACAAUUUGAAAUAGUAAAUAAUUUAUUUUAACACUUCACCACUGGAAGCUCAUUGUGUUUUUUCUUUAUUUAUUUUUUUGGUGCCCUCCUUUUGUUUUGUGCAUAUUUGAUGUCGAACCUUUUUAAUUAACACUUUUCUUUCUUUUUGUCUUUUAGUCCUGUGUGCAAAGAACCUGGCAAAGAAAGACUUCUUUCGUAAGUAAAGCCUAUUUUUACAUGUUUCUAUUCCUGUCCCACUCCCUCCCUUAUGCAUCAGAAUGGGCUUUGUCAGCUGGAGCAGCUUGUUGGCUUUUGAAGCCACACUGCUCAUAAAAGUCCCUUAGGAGAGGUCUGUCUGUUCUGAACACCUUUAGACUUGGCACACAGAAGGAGCCACUGAUAACCCUACAUGUAGUAAAAAAAAAGUAUCAUAUCCACUAAAAUACAAAAUUCUUCAGAUUUUAUCAAAAUAAGAAAAAUCUUCAAUCAAGCUGGACAGAAGUUACAUCUGAUAAUGUCCAGAUCCUAACCAAUACUUAAUGCCGAUAAAAUCAAUAGAUGUUACAAAUAAUAAAACAUGUCAUCCUUUAUUUAUUGUUGACAAAUUAAGAAUAUUUUCUUUUUUGAGAAAAGUACAAGAGUACAACAUCUGGGUUAAUGGUAUAAGUGUGAGCUAGAGGUGCACGAUUAAUCGAUUUUAAAUCAGAAUCGGAUUAUUUGAUUAUGACGAUGUUAAAAAAUGUAAAUCAUCAAAUUGAUUUUCCACUCUAUCAUGUCUCGUACCUGCAGGCCACCGUAGGCUCCCCCUUCCUGCAGGACCGCCUCCCAGUUCCCACACAAACCAGUUUAAACAAACAUGACAUUUGCAAAAGAGGGCGAUUAUUUUGUUGCUAAAAGGGGCAAGAAUAAGUCAGUCGUGUAGAAUUAGUACGGCUUUGCAGUUUUGGAUGAAGAGCAAACCACUCCCCACUGCAAAGUCUGUCUGGAGGCGGUAUUAACUGUUUCAUCCACACGGAAGCCACAUUUUGGGUGACAGUACUUUUUGGAAAUGGGUCAGAGAGUGCAUAAAUCUGUAAACGACUACCAUUUCAUCUUCGUGUGGAUACCUAUCUGCGUCUCUCUUGAAACGAUUAUGUUGCACACAACAUUUUUUAUGGCGCCUGCACGUGUCCAUCCAAAACAACCUUAAUACGCAUGUUCUGUACUCUUCUUCUGUCUUCUGUGCAUUUCCUCCACAGUGUUACAGCGCCACUUACUGGCUUGGCAUAUGCACUACAUCGUUUUCGGUGGUUUCGUUUUGAGAGAUAAUGGAAAAACUUAUAAUUAGAGUGAAGUUUGGUGAAGUUGUCACUGAAUAAAAAAUCGAAAUCUAGUUUUUUAGAAAAAAAAAUCGGGAUUUUUUUUGGGGGGGGCAAAAUCGUGCAGCGCUGGUGAGCAAAGUUUUUUAUCCUUUUAAGAACUCAAUCCAGAUGGGAGACUGUAAUACUAUGAUCCCACCGAGCAUUUUUUGGUCUUAAAGAGGUCUAAUAGACGUCUAAAUUUAGCCUAGACGAUGGUCUAAAAUCAGGCUACCACAGGUCUAAAAAUGAAAGUUUUUUCAGACGUCUGAAUUUGGACCAAGUUCAGACUAGCCGGCUAACAGAGGUAUAACUGUAUAUUGCUCAAUGGCUAUCAUAAUUAUUUUGGUUAACUACUUGAAGAUCAGUUAUGCAACUCACAGUUGCUUUUUGAAAUAAAUAGUUAUUGAAUAUUGGGUUGAAGUGCAACGUCUAAAUUCUGUCUAAAAAUAUACAGAAUCUAGACAGUUGAAAUUAGGUCUAAAAAAAAAACUAGACGUCUAAUAGCCGUCUGUUGCUCAAUGGGAUGGGACUGGCUUGGAUAAAACACACAAGCAAACAAACAUACAGUGCAUAGAUUAAAACCCUGAUUGUCUGGGUCAUCAGAGGUAGGAAGGAUAAUGUUUGCUUUCUGGGUUCUUUUCCUUGAUAGUUGACUUUUGGCUUUAGGCUGUUAGACACUUAAGUAAGCUAGACACGAUCCUUCCUGUGCCGUUGGCAAAAUUGUAAGAUGAGAUGAGCUACUUGGUUUCACCAUGAAGACAUUUCUCACAAAAAUUACCCUCAAGGAAGCCACACCUUUAUACCCCAGUCGCUGGUUAUAUUUAUGUUAAACGCACUAAAUUGCAGUUGCAGGAAUAUUUUUGGCAGAAGUUCCUCAGUGGGAAAGUCACGGCAGCUUUAUUUUGGUCUUCAGCUCAUGCACACACAAGUAGUGUCACAUGAAAGAAUAAUGGCGACUGAACAGGUUUGACUUGUACGAAGUAUCGUUGCCAAGAGGUAAAUACUCUUGACACAUUUGAAAUACUCAUGUAUGCAUGCAUGGUCACACAGAAUACCUCUGAUGACCACACAAAGAAGAGUCCCGUAUCAGAUGUCUAACUCCGUAAGACUGGGAAAGAGCCAGUCUGUUUGUUUUACAGUUGCUGUUGAUACAGUACACACAAACUGAAAUGAAGAAAGAAAGCAGCACAAGAAGAACAAAGGGGCCUUAAUAAAACUGAUAAUCAGGUCAGUUAAUGUUUAUUUAAAAGGCCAGUGAGCUCACCUGAUCAGAGUGACUCAUGUAUGAAUGACUCUCAACAAGCAGGACACACUGUCAAUAGUUUUUCUUUAUUUUUAAAACAAUAUUCACAAAGCCAAAUGUUCAAAAUACUACCAAGGCAACAGCAACUCAAACACAAAGGUACCAUCAGUCGGCAUGUUUUAUGACAGGCACACAGUUUGUCUUCAUAGCUCCAUUUCUGGCUCAGAUACAUUUGCAGCAUUACUUUUUUUUUUUUAUUAAAUGAAUAAGACCAAACUUUAGUUCACAUAGCUUGAAGUGUUUCCACAUGCUAAACAAAGAUGUAAAAAGAGCAAUCUUACAAAAUAAAAGCACGUCACCUCAAUUAUGAAGCAGUACGAUCAAACCCCCUUUCUCCAGGCAGAUAAUAUCAAAACAUAGACUGACAAACAUUAAAAAGAUUGACAUCAAAUUAAGCUGAUCGCUUUUGAUAGUCCCCCUAAGUGUGGUCCCCUGACAUCAAUCACUCUUCCUUUAUUUUCUUUUUGCGGCAUUCCCUCUCUCUGCUAAAUUAUGAUUCAAACACAGCAUUUACUUCCAGGAGGGUUUUUUUUAAGGGUUUGUGCCAUCCAUGUUGUAAUUGUUCGCAGUUGUGGAUUUGUGGAAAAUAGUAUUCCACCUCAGCAGUUAGAAAGUAGAAUAAAGAAUUGUAGGCCAAUAUCUUUGCUGCAUUCCAGUUACCUCGGAAGUUGGAUGUCGGAGCUUGGAAUGAUGUUACACCCAAGUUGCUUGCCUUGUGCGAAUAUAACAAGGACAAGGCAAGCGCUAAAAUAACUUUCCUAGAUGUAGCCAUCUUGUUUCCGCCUCCGUUUCGCUUUUUUCUGACUUGGUAACUGAAACGCUGGUAAUUUGGGUGUGACAUCAUUUUCAGCUCCAACAUCUGACUUCCUAAAGCCUAAAGGAAUAAAAAAGGAAUGAGAUCGAUCAUAAAUUCUUAACCAAAGUAACUUUAAUGCAAAGUGUGAAGGACCCAUGUUGACAUCUCAAGUCUUUGUAAAUAUUGGAUAACACAGACUAAUUUGUAUAUGGGACAAACAGAGGUCAAAAGUAUACAUGUUUUGUCCUUUGUAAUGAGAAUAAUUCUAAUAACGUUAUUGAGGUAUUCAAGGUAUCUGUUUCCUCACAGGGUUGCUAUGGUUGUCAACAAAGCUCAUCAUAUUGUUUCUCUCUGCUCUAAUAGGGCUGCCAGACCCUUUUGCCAAAGUCGUGGUGGAUGGCUCAGGACAAUGCCACUCAACAGAUACUGUGAGAAACACGCUGGACCCAAAGUGGAAUCAACAUUAUGAUCUGUAAGUCAACAAGAGCAGAAUGACAUUUCUGCCGUAUACGCUUCAUUUACGAACAAAUGAGGCAAGUGUUGUGUGUGUGUGCUUUUGUGUACACCUAGUUUGAAUAGGUAAAUAAAGCAUUGUUGUCACAGAAAUGCAGCAUGCUGGUUUUGCUCGCCAUAAUAUCUCCGCGCUGCUAUGACAAGUGUUUGAGGAAUGUGGAUCGAGUAGCCCCUUCACUGUGUGCAGAAACACCCUUCGAUAAAGCCUUUCAGAACAAAACAUCUUGUCAAGUCAGAUUUUAGACAUACUUUGUCUCAGACCUCACCAAUACAUGCAGAUGUGACCUUUUGUACUGGCUUCACACAAUAUGAGAGCUAUUUUUAGUCAUCGGUCUCCGGACAAAGCCAAGUAUCAGCUUCCAAGAAUUUCAAAAUUUUACAAUUAUUUGAUGAUGAAGAAUUAAGAAAUAUAGGAGAGGAAAAAAUACUCAAUGACUUCUUAAAAACCUGAAAAACAUUUAAACAAAAUUCAAUAAUUUUAUUGUCUGUAGCCAUAAGACACUACUGACUGAAUUAAGUCUAACACAAAGUGCUCCUUUGAAACUGUGUUCUUGACUCAGUAGAGGGAGGAGUGUUUUCACCGAGGCUGUGUGCUGUGACUGUUCAUGUGCUAUGUCGACAGGCCGUUACAAGGAGCAAUUACCCCAAAGGACCCACUGGCAACAAAAGCUUACUUAUAGUGAUGACAGAUGAAGGGAAACAGUGUUGAUAGGAGAAGGAAUAAGGAGCAAGGAGGUCUGAGAGAAAGAGCUGGAAAUUGUUGUGAAGGGACUGAAAAAGGCUAUGAGGCGCAGGUAAAAAAGGGUUUACAGAUGCAUAAAUCAAACAAGGAUGUAAGUGUACUGUUAUGGGAUGAAUUAUGUGUUGAAUCAUUUGUUUGCAAAACUGAAACUGUAAACAGAAAGCGAUGAUGUUUUGAGUUUACCAUGGAUACAUCUUUCCUGUCUAAUUUCACUCGCUCCUGUUUUACAACGUUAUUCAUGAUCUGUCUGCGUUCACCUCAGUUUGCCACUGUCUUCCACAUUAAACUCUGCCCACUUCCGCACUGAUCCGCACUAUCUUAAAAGAGUGUUGUUUCCCGCCAGUGACCCCUGGCCUCUUCCUCUGGUUUAGGAAAUGGCCAACAUGCCACAGAGAGCAGAUGAGAGUGUGGGCUUGGCUGGUUGCCAUCUCCAGUCUUCAGUGUUUGGGGUGGGAGUGGGGGGUCUUAUCCUGCCAGGGGCUUGGAUAACUUGUGUUUUACACCGUAGAAAGCUAAACCAACCAUCUUUUAGUUGAAAGGGCAUGAACUCACAGUAGUAUGUGGGUCUGGUUUUGGCAAGUUCCCUCCUCAUACUUGGUGUCCAAUUUCCUGCCCUUUCAGUAUAACUAUUCACUUUGCUUUGGUUGGAGAGUCAGACGGGAUUUCUGCUUGCUAUGAUUUUACUUUUGAUUAAAUGUUGUGUAUGUCCUGCUGUGCAUAUCACAUCUCUUUAAAACACAGCCUGCUUGAGUGACCUUUUCAGUCUGCAGACAUGUUGUCUAACAAGAUUUGUUUUGUCACCUGUAAACUUUACAUCUUGGAGUCUUCUGAGGCCUUCACAUACAGUUAUGAAAAACGCGCUGAAUUCUUAAUUUUGACUGAUAUUUGUUCAACUCUAAGUUUCUCCUCAUUCCAUUCCUUUCUGCAGUAAGUUGGCACAGAACUAGAAAUGCCAGCAGACGUUUGUGUCAACUUUUUUGUCUUAGUCUUGGACUUCAGUUUUUUUUUAAUUCAUAAUUUGGUUACACUAUGUUCACAAAAUGCUUGCCUUCCAAGGCCAAAUAACAGGAAAGGUCACAGGACAGGUUCUGCCACCUUCAAGAAGCACUCAUGUAGGGCUGGGCGAUAAACCAAAAAUUUACCGAUACCGAAAUAUACGACAACAAUCGACAUCAUUCUGCCCAUAUCGAUAUAUUCUGUGUCAAAAAAUAAAUAAAUAAAAGUUGGUUUUGGAUGUGUGUAGGUAGGCUGUGAUCUCAUGUCCCUUUAAGACGCUGUCCUACAUCAGAGACGUGACUCCACCCCAUCCAGUCCAUAACAAAGAGGGAAAGACAGGUGAGGAGAUGGAGGACGGUUCAAAAGUUGUAGCGGCUGCUGAAGUAGACAAAGUUAAUGUGGAAGGGUGUGAGCAGCUUGUGGAGUAGUUAUCGUCCAUUUAUCGUUAUCGAGGUGAACUGCUCAAUAUAUCGUGAUAUUGAUUUGAGGCCAUAUCGCCCAGCCCUACACUCAUGGCAGACACACUUGGACUACAACCAGGAUCCAUCAUAUUUUGUGUUGACUAUUGCUUACGUAUAAAGAAUUUUGUAUUAUCAAAAUUGGAAACAUCUCUGGAAGCAUGUGUGAGAAAGUAAAAAAAAACAAACAUGGAGGUUCAUUAUAUUUUACAGUAAAGGAAUAAUCUGUGUUUUGUAAAAAGAGAUUGCUUUGGCAUCAUCAUGGUAAAUAUAAAUCAGAUCAGGAUACUCCAGAUCAAAAUCUACACGCUGAUUUAUAUUUGUUUCAGAGAUACUAAAAGCUUUUCAAUGCAAACUUUGUCCAAUCCAGGAAAAACAUUGUGUUCUCUUCUGCUAAAAUACACCUUCACUGGCUGGAAAACGUUUGGGAAGUCCUGCAGGUCUGGAUUUAGACACUUAUCUGGGAAGAGAAGAAUAUUUUCCCUUCCACUGCUGUUGUCUGUAGGAGUAGGAACGUGUGUGAGUGUGUUUGUGCACACAUGUGUGUGAUUUCCUAACCAUGUUUUCUCUGCACAUACUGUUCUGUUUGAGCUCUCAGUAAAAUUUGCAAAGGAAGCCCCUGAUGAGAACAAUCUAACCUCUUACACUAUCCUUACAAUAUAGGGUCAAAGCAAUCGGUAAAAGGCUGCUUUGUUUUUUAUAUCAGGUGAAAAAAAUAUAUUACUUCAUUGGCUGUCUUACAACUAACACAAUCCUGAGCGAGUGAUUGAUCCUGUAGGAGGAAUUUUCCUGUGGGAGAGUAUUUGAUUGUAGAUGUAGAACAUUUUAUCAAUCAUACUAACUUUAUAGUGUUGUUGUCAUAGGUCAAAACUGCUGAACUCUUGAAUGUCUUUGUAAAAAAAAAAGGUUGACAUUACAAAGCGAAACAUCUGUGUCAAAGAGUGAAAGAUAAAGUACAAGUGUGGAGAUGCAAGUAAUAGUUGGAGGAACAUUGUGACUGAUAUCUUAACACUGUGAUCUUUAGAGUUUAUACGUUUUAAAAAGUCAUAAAGCAUAAAGAUCCUUUCACACUGCGACCGUUUCUAUCGUGCGAUUAUUUUGGACGCCAGUAUUUUUUUUGAACCUGUAUCCUGUCAAUACAAGCGUUCACAUCAGCGAUGUUUUCCGUCCUGCAAUAUUGCAGCAUUUAUUUUUUCGGAUCACGGUCGAUUUUUGUAAAGUUUCACAUACUGUGUGUCCACUUCUGACCAAUCAGAUUGCGUGUUGUUGCCGACCGACUGAUUGUUUACGUGUCGGACAACAGAGUGCUUUUUGAUAAAAGACACAAACAUUACAAAGAUAACGACCUGAAGGAUGGUUUGUGUGCUUUAACAGUUUGCUAAACGUCUUUGUUUAACUUUUAUCUGUGCGAAGUAACUUUAGCUCGUAAGCUAACAUGUUCAGAUACAACAUACCAUAUGUAUUUUCACUGUCUCAAACUCAAUCACAGCAUUGCUGUCACAGCACCAUUAGGUCUCGGUUGUUACCUUACGUUUAUGGAUUAUAGUUUAUUGUGCUUAUCUGGUACUGACCCCGACUCAGUACAUGCUAUCAUGACAGACAGACAUCUCAACACUAGUGUCUAAUCAGAACUGAAAAACAGUCAGUCUGCUGUUGUGUCAGUCUUCUCACUUCCACCCGGGACGUGCCUUCCCCCCCCCGGAAAGUCGCAAAAUCGCAUCGGGCUUGAUGUGUAUAAUCCGGCGCGUCAAAAUUCGCCUCUGAAUAUUUCUUAAUUUCACGUUGUAUAUUUGCGUCGGUCCCGGUGUGAAAGGACCUUAAGUCUGAUUAUGUAUUGUGCAACCUUUUAUCUCCUCUGCAGCCCACUCAUUAAGACAUGCUGAAGGAUUACUCCCCUUUCAACAUCUUGCCCCAACACCAUAUGAAUCAGGAUGAUCUUAAUAGCUGUGUUGUAAUUUUGAACUCAUGACCUAAAAUGGUUUAGCAGACAGUUUUUUUUAUUUCAAGUUUGGAUAGAGUGAGUGAGAUAAAAAGCUUUUGCUCAACCUUUCUUAUCUUCAGACAGGGAGUCAGUAUCUUGAUGUCUGUAUCAGUUCUCUUUUUGUGAAUCAAGAUGCUUGACACUGACCUGUAAAUCCUACAAAAAGCACACUGUGAAGGUGAAAAGCAUUAGAUUAAAUUUAGAGCACUGUCAUGUCCCCAGAGAGGCCGUUAGAGUUGCACCACAGCCCCCACUCCCCAGACAGAUGCUUAACAACACAGUGCUUGGUUCAUCUGUUUUGUUUUUUUCUUUUCUAAAAUUAAAACAGUUUCCCAAACAAGGAUGAGCCAAGUCAGGUUUAAUCUAAAUGUGCUUAAAAGCACCGCUUUGAUUAGUCACAACAGAGGAGUAAAUACAGUCUACCUGGCUGAAGGGUUAUUUCUCUGUGGACCAAUAAGCAAAACUGUUUCCAAGUACAUUCACUUUAAUCCUGCUGCCAUAUUGUGAUGUGAUGGAAACAGUUUACAGGAAGAAGAGUCUGGGACAGCUUCCUUUAAGUGUAUUUGGGUCUGUAAUUAUCUGCUCCCUGGCGUAUUGGAGUUUAGAUUUUCAUUCACCUUUAUUGGAAGAGAAAAUGAAUACUCUCGUAGUUAUAAACAGUGUUGUUUCAUCCAGUUAGAGUGUUAAAUAUCCACAAUAAAGAUAGAAAUAAAUGUGGAAUAAAGCACAAACCCACCGAAACAGUGUUCACAAAAGCAGUUAAGAACAUUAAUAUCAACCUUUACUCCAGUAUCCUGAUCAGAUGUUCAGAUACUUUGAAUAAUCACUGGACAUUUGAAGAUUUGAAACCCACAUAGGUUGUAAUUUGAUUUCAUUGCAGCUAUUUUCCAAACCUUGAUGUUUGAAGGGAAACCCCCGCUCGCUGCCAGAGAUACAGAGUGUAAUAUAGAGCUUGGCAUCAGCGCUGGCAGCUGGGCUGUAAUUUUGUCUGUGUAUGUGUGUCAGAGAAUGCCUGAUUGUGCAUUUAAAUGUUGAACUCUGUGUUUACUGUGAGUGCUGUCUGGGUCUCAGACUGUGGUGGAACAUAUCAUGGGGACUUCCUCUCUUCUUCGACCACGACUAGACUGGCCACUGUACUAAAUCUGCACACACACACACACAAGCAAAUGCACACGAGUUGUUGUAUAAUCAGCUAAUCGGCCUCAUUACAGUCACAGAGUCUAAAACACCGUGUGCAUUGUUCUUGUACUGCUGAGAAGAGUAGUAGACGAGAUGCAGACAAGCAAUUUUUAUUUUAUUUUUUGACAUUUGGAAAAUCAUUUUUCUUAGCAUGUCAUUAAAAGUAAUACGUUAACCCAGUCUUUUUGCUUCCCUGUCAGAUACAUUGGAAAGGCAGACUCAAUCACCAUCAGUGUAUGGAACCAUAAGAAGAUCCACAAAAAGCAGGGCGCAGGUUUCCUGGGCUGUGUGCGCCUCCUGUCCAACGCCAUCAACAGACUUAAAGACACUGGCUGUAAGUACCGUUUUGUGUUUAUAUGUACAUAAAUGCAGACUCGGCCUGAAAUACUUGCGGAAAUCUCUGGUGUCUAGUCCCCUCACGCUCCCUCUGUGAACCUCAGGCUUGUUAAAGUGUGAUGGGGAGGAUCCAGAAUGAAUAGAUGAAAGACUGAGCACACAUGUAUGUACACCCUUAACUUAGGACUCAUAUUAAGACCGACAAAUGUUUGGCUCAGACCUAGCUUCUCCAGCUACACACACAGACUUCUCGCCAGAGAAGCUUUCCUGUGCCUCUGAUUUAUUUGUAUCUCGUAUUUUGGUAGUAAGCUACCCUGCAGCAUGCAGCAUGUGUAGCUCCUUCAACAGUGUUGCUGUCAAGAGAUUUAUGGGCUCAAUAUUCAAAGACUCCUUGAGUCCACACUUAUCAGAAAUAUUGCCCGCUGUAUAUACAAGCCACCUGGGACUAAAUCAAUAACUACAAAUCACUCCACAGCAAUGCAGCGUUCUUUCAAGGACACAAUCACUUUUGUUUUUGGAAUCAAUCACAGCCCCACCAAGAAUAUAUGGUCAGUGGUCAGAGACAGCAAUGACUUUCCACAGACACACCCACACACAGACCCAGAUUGUAGGUUUGAGACAUGUAUGGUGUUCUUUUGAUUUACUCUGUAGGACUGGCUACUUGCCUGUUAGCCCUGUCUGCCUUGUUUGCAGCAGCAGUCUUUUGAUACUGACACACACUAGGGCUGGACGAUUAUGCAGGGCUCGACAGUGCGACUGUUUCACACGUGUUUGCGAUUAAAAAUAGUAAGAUGUAUUUAGGGGCACAUGUGCGCAUAAAAAAAAUCAACCGAAGCAACAAAUCUUUUUUCAUGUAAAUACCGCAGUGAAGUUGGUAUUAGGUUGAAUAUUCGACGGACAUUUACUGAGGAUCUACCAGUGUCUUCUCACUCUCCAUAACCGGGAAUAGCAACAGCAGCGCGGUUAAAUCUACUCAACGUCAGGUGUUGAAUAAGGGACCAUCAAUAAAUUACCGGUUGAUGUUCACAAAAAAGGCUGUUUUCCUUCAAUAGCUUCCAUGUCAUGUGACCAAAAGACCUAAAAUUGAUUUCAAAUAAGAGUACUUAUGUUGACCAAUAAGGCGCACAUUAUUUGAUCAAUUUUCAUUGUGCCUCUAAAGUUUUUGUGUGCUCCUUACUUUUUCAAUCCUUACUUCUAGGAUUAAAUGUGCUCCUUGUGAAAAAAGUUAGUGUCAAGCCCUGUCAUGGCAAAAAUAAUAAUUGCGAUUAUUUUGACUGAUAUUGAAAUCACGAUUAAUAAAGACGAUUAUUUGUGGCAGGUUGAAUUGAUGGCAGAUCAAUUGCACACAGAGAAAACCCUAAAGCGUGACAAACUUUGUAAACAAUUGUCUUUUGCUCAACGUCCAUCAAAUUAAAGCCAAAAAACUGAACUUGUCCUACCUUACUUCUCAACCAAAAGCAGGCCCUUCUAACAAUGUUUUUAAUCGCUUACUUGCUCCUCAUAUUAGUGAUCCAAACAUAUCACACGCUUGCUGUAGCUACACGUAAAAGGGGUGCAUUCAAGGAGUUUUUCCAGCACAGGAACUUACAUACACGCCACACCGUGCGGCACAUUGAUCGUCUUUAUUCGAUUAUAAUGUUUUUAUGAUAGUGAGAAGCCAUAACUGAAAUCAUGGUUAAAAUUUGAUUAACCACCCGGCACUAACACACAUGCACGCACACACACAACUUUCAGCCAACCUCCCCCUUCCCCUUCCUUCCCCUUCCUUCCCCUCACUCUUCUUUCCAUCAGUCCAUUUUCCUGACCAGUCCAAAACUCAGUCAGACAUGAACCAGGAUCCCUACACUGAGAUUCAUUCGUCCUGCUUUUUCCUUUGUAUUCAUUCAUUUAUCCUACACAGUUACGCCCCACAACAAUUUUAGAAGUUGUUUGUUCGACCUAAAUUGACAUUUCUUGGAUAAAUUUCAAACCAAACCCGUUUUUGGAUGCCUCCAUGAAUGCAUGCAGUUUUGCUGGAACAGAUGCAACAUCCUCUAAUGCCAACUCCAAACAGUUGGGCUAAAUACUUCAUACUAGAGUCCUGAAUAAGCUCCAGGAACCUUUUAUGUUCGCUACUAAAUGGCACUUUUGGGUCAUAAAGUUCACCCUCUAAUCUGCCAGAAACCACAACAGCGUCAGCGGUGCUGCAUAGAGGACCUCGACACCCAUGGCAGCCUGGUAUCACAUUUUUACUUCAGUGAAUGCAAAAGAAAUUGCCCUUAAAUUUACCCACAACUUCCAGACACAGACAGUAUAGGCUCCAUACAGGCUCUAGAAAAACCACUUAUUGUGGAGCCAAAAUGGCAGAAAUUAUACUCUAUCAAAGUAACAGGAAGUGGACAGGGAGAUAUUCUAUGACAUUAUCCCACUGUCCUUAUCCUGUGUGCAGCAGACACAUGAGCGGUGCCAAGCCUGUGGUCUGACCCAAUUGUGCAUGUACACACACACACACACACACACACACACACACACACACACACACACACACACACACACACACACACACACACACAGACAAAGACAGACAAACAAGCUAAAGGCAUGAUCACACUGACACACACACACAAAGACUUACUAGAAAUGCUCUUGGUCCUAGAAAUCACAUUCACGCUCACAGUACAUUUUGUCAUCCAAAGCAAACACAAAGUCACACCAAAGCCUGUCAAUCCUACACACACAUACACACACACACACACACACACACACACACACACACACACACACACACACUCUCUCUCUCUCUCUCUCUCUCUCUCUCUCUCUCUCUCUCUCUCUCUCUCUCUCUCUCUCGCUCUGUCUCUCUCUCAUCACAGAGGGGGAUUCUGCAUGGUUGUUGCAUUGUUAAGCUCCACUUACUGUAUUUUUCGCACUAUAAGGCGCACCUGGUUAAAAGGCGCACCAUCAAUAAACGCGUCUAUUUUCAUACAUAAGGCGCACCGGAUUACAAGGCACAUUAAGCCAAACAAAACAGUCAAACUUUAUUUCACUCAUUCAAUAACUCUGCAAGUCUGCUGUAGCUGCAGUGCUCCGACAAGCCAAAAGGAUUUUAAGUGCGCCUUAAGGUCCUUACACACCGGGGUUGACGCGAACAUAGAACACGAAAUCACAAAAUAUUCAGAGGCGAAUUUUGACGCGCCUGACUAUACACAACAAGCCUGAUGUGAUUUUGCGACUUUCCGGGAGGAAAAACGCAUCCCGGGGAAGACUUUUCCCGCCCCCUUCGCCUCUGAUUGGCUAGAAAAGCUGGAAACGUCAUCACACACUCAAGCCAAACAGUCAACACUUAUAGCCAAUCAGAGGCGAAGGAGGGCGGGACCUUCCCUUAACAACCAGCGUCCCGGAUGGAAGUGAGAGGACAAAAAUGAAGUCUACUUCAGCUUCAGGUGAUGGCGAAUUAGUACUCCAUUUGCUCGCACGAAUAAAACUGUCCCGGUGUGUAAGGACCUUCAUAGUGCGAAAAAUACGGUACCUUAACAUUGCAAACAAACUUCUACGUCCUCUGCACCUCUCAUCUCUGUUUCCCAAUCUUUUAAAUAAGUUGAAAACACUCCAAAGUCUGUGUGGUUGUUUAUUUUUGUGCGAAAGUGUUGAAAUAGCUUUUUUUUAAUUCACUUUGAUGCUGAUUAGGACACUGCUGAUACUUCAGUUCUGCAUGUAUUUGCAUCCAUAAACGCACAUGCAGAGACAGGCGUGAAUUUGCUCAUUUCACUGAUUCAAAUCUUCUACGGUUCAAGUGCCUUUUGCAGAUUUGGAUUCUCAAAAUGAGAGUUUUUCUGAUUCUGAGAAAUGUAAUGGCUGGUUGAAAAAUUGUGGCAAACAGCCUGUCAAAGGUCUGUCUCCCUGUGUACGUCAGUAGAAAAAUUUGCUCACAGAGGCGUCCAUGACUGGUUUGUUUGGUGUAGAUAUGACCGGAUACACACACACUCACACACAACCGAUCAAACAUUCGGUUACUUAUUGAAACAGGCUACAGGCUUGUUCAAAACUGCUCAGUUCAUGAUUACAAAUAGAAUCACCAUCUCAGUGUGUUCAAUCACAGAGCGAACCAAAGACAUGACAAAUCCAGUCCAGCCGUGGUUUUUAGUUUUAGCACUCUGAGAACUGGGGCAUCUCUUCAUCUCUCUUCUGCUCACUCACUCUGACUCUUCCUUGCCUGCAUACCCCCCUACACUAACACACACGCACACACACAUACAAACAAACACACACACUGCCUUUCUUAUGAUUGAAAUUUUAGUUUUAUUUUAAGUAAGCCCCUGCAGGCACAAAGAUAUUUUUUGGUAAUGUGUACCAAUUUUUAUUACUCUUGUGUUGGUCAGCUGGACCGACAAGUUUCCCAUUGAGAUACUGUGUGUGUAUGUGUGUGUGUAUAACAGAGAGAGAGAGAGAGAGAGAGAGCGAGAGAGAGAGAAUGUGUGUUUGGGGGGUGGGGGGGCUGCAUAUAUCUGUGUCUGGAUCUUGUUUGGAGUCUUCCUGGUUUGUGUGUCUGCGCUGUCUGUGUCUGGCAGCGCUAUCCUGUCCUGACAAUGAGUUCCUACUGAUCCAGAAACAACAAGACCCCUUUCAGGCUUAUUUGUACAAAUUUUCUGUUUCAGUGUGUCACCUGCUUUCUACUCUUUCCUUCCACAAAACAAGAUGUGGUGCAGAGGCAUCUGGAGGGUGGACUGUUCAGUGGAAUAUCUAAACCUACUUCCACGCAGAAUAUGAUAUAUCUGAUUUAUGACUUUCUGCUUCAAUACUGUGCUACUUGACUUUUGCAUAAGAUCAUUGCUCUCUUGGUCCAAUUAUGAACAGGUGCUGCUCUUUUAAAUCAUGACGUCUUUACAUUCAUUUUUAAACACAAAAGACAGAUGCAUGCCAUUUGUGCAUCACUACCUACGUCACCCACUAUCAUGAGUGUUUGCCUGUUCAGUGUGUAUUUGUUCCACCCUGGUGUGUUCAAGUGCACAUUCCUGCCACAUUACUUAAAUUCAUAAAUGGGGUUUAUUUAUUAUCCCGGCAAUGUUGAAAAGGUUGCUAAAAAUGUUCACUCUGAAAACUCCUCAGUGUUAUCACAUUGUAAACCCACUGACUGUACACUUUGAAGACACAUGACAGUUUUCAAACUUUCUUAUCUUUCACUUAUUCCAGCUUUUCUGGACACUGUUUACAGUUGCUCAGGUUCCAUGAAAUUUUUUUGUGCAAAAUAUUUCAACAGUUUUUGCAAGGAAUAUGAUUUUAUAUACAUGCUUAAAAUAAGUCGUGUUCAACAGCUUACACAGCAGCUCAAUACCUUCAUGAGUUUAUGAAUGUUAAUGGAGGAUGAGGCUGAAUAUUUGUGUGUGUCUCCUUUUUUUUCCCCUGCAGAUCAGAGACUCGACCUGAAUAAACUUGGUCCCAAUGACAAUGAUACUGUGAGAGGACAGAUAGUCGGUAAGAAAAACACUCAAAUACACACACAUUUCCAAACCAUUGGUCAUCAUCAACCUAUUUAUGGACCAGUUAAGCCAUGGAAUCACCAUACAUUUCAGUAUAAUCACCAGUAUUUGUCUAUUAAUGUAUUCUUGUAGCUCUGAUUUCAUUGAGCGUUCAAACAUUGAACCAUAAAACAAACAAUACUUUGUGAAAAUGAUUCCUUCAUGUAAAGCUAAACAAUUCUGCUACAAGCAAAUGCACAGAGGAAGAACUCCCACUGACUGAGACUAUGCCCUCUCUCUGGUUAGGUUUACCCAAGCACUGACCGUUUUUUCUUAAUUUUUGCUUUACAUUAACAGGGUUUUCUGCUGGGUCUUACAAAGUCUUAAAACAUCUAAAAUCCAAUAACUUGAAUUUAAGGCCUUAAAAUGUCUAGAAAAUUUUUAAACCACAUAAAGUGUCUCAAAUACAAAUUUGAAAGAUCUUAAAAAUGUAUUAAUGUUACUUACAAAAAAAGAUUGAUUUGAAGUUAGUUAAAAAUGUUCCGAUUUCCCUUCAUGUCUUUUGUACUUUUUUUGCCAGUAUGGAUGUGAAAUGGAUCUUAAAGUGUAUUUAUUAUGGUCAUAAAAAAAGUCUUAAAUUUGACUUGUUGAAACCUGCAGAAACCCUGAUUAAAGAAACAGCAGUUUAUGUUUGAAAUCUAUAACCUGACAAAAAGAAUAAUUAUCAUCUUUUACAUUCAUUUGCUAAAAUGUAAAAGAGAGUUCGACAGAAGCCACAUACAAUCAAGCUUAAUUACAAACUGCUGUAUAUACUAAAUAGAAGUUAUUAUUUGGGCCGUGUUGUACAGGUUAGUCGUCACAGAUCUUUCUUUGUUUUUGUUUUACUGUGUAGUAAGUCUUCAGUCCAGAGAUCGCAUUGGUACAGGGGGUCCAGUGGUGGACUGCAGCCGCCUGUUUGACAAUGACUUACCUGACGGGUCAGUAUUAUCUCUUUAUUUCUCUCUUUAUUGUUUCACACUGUACUUUUUCCGACAUUGAGCCGCAACAUUCUCAGUGUCUUCAAACAGACUUUGUGUUGUCGCUGAAUUUGACGUCUGGAAGUGGUCCCUUUUUUUUUUUACCAAUGCACCUGAAAAUUUUAGGACAUUUUCAGGAGCUCUGCAAACUUUUCAAAGUUGCUUGAAAUGGUUACUUCAUGAUUGUAGAUGGAGCAACAGAGACUUCUAAUAAGAUGGCAGUUUUUUACAUUCUUAUCAAUUCUACAUGGAAACAGUUGGAUGUGCAGAAAUCUUUGCUGUUCUGGUCAGACUUUGCAUGAAGAUUUAUCUGUGUGUCAGAUGAUAAUUAUCUUUUCUGUGUUUUUCAAAUGUAAAGGAUCAAAUGUUGACAGUGUUGUUGUAAAGGCAUCAUCUCAGAUUGUGCAAGUAUGAUGCUUUUCAUAUUCAGACAUAUCCUCCUUUUGUUAUCUAACAGAUGGGAAGAGAGGAGAACAGCUUCUGGAAGGAUACAGUACCUGAACCACAUUACCCGAACCACGCAGUGGGAGAGACCCACCAGGUACAUCUGCACACAUCCUGCUCACAACAUUACCGCAUUAUGUCUUGUAAAACUGACAGAAAACAGUGAGCCAUGUCAACACAGAAACUGUCUAUAGAUCAGAUUAUGUUAUCAUAGACCUUUUUCCUGCCUACCAAAUGUGCAGCAGCAUGUUGAUUUAAUGCAAAACAAACAUAAACUUUACUAAAAAUUAGAAAGGAGAGCAUCAAUUUGAAUGUUUUCCUUUUUCUCCUUGUUUCAGAAAAACAAAAUACAAAAGAAAUAUCCACUCAACCUACGUCACAGUAAUGUCUGUCUCUUAUUAGUCAAUUGCUGUCAGUUUCCUUGGCUUCUGACCCCAUCACGCUCAUACAUACACACUUGCAGACACAUACACCUUAAUGAAAAUGUCAGCCAGUCAGGCAGCCAGGCUUUUUUUUUUUUUUUUUUCUUUUUCCCAGCCCUUUUUCCCUCAGGAACAACUGUCGCCUUCCUAGUUGGCCCAUAUCAGUGGAGCCGUUAGGGGAGUAAGCAAACAAACAGAACAACCCCCCCCCCCCACCACCACCAGUAACACUGCCUCACCCACACUAACUACAGGUCUGUACUUCCCCCAAGGAAGUGUAGCAGAGCAAGGCUGGAGAGGUAGAAAAGGUUAAGUGGUGUUACAUUAAGGGGGAAGAAGGGAUGAGCUUGGAGAGGAAGAUGACCCUGAGGGAAUGGAGAAAUGACAAUGCUAGAAGUGAAGAUCACCAUAUAAAGCACUUUUGGUCAUUUUUUUGUCUUGUACAUGUCUUGUACAUGCAACAUAAGGCCAAGACAUUUACCUGCAAGAAUUAGAAAAUCAUUUCUGAGAUUGCUUUGAUUUUUUUCUGAAGCAGUUUUUUUUUAAUGGUACAUAAUCAUUAUCCAAAUAAUACAAUUUAUUACUGUAAUCAAGUCCAUGAAGUUGUUGUGAGGUGUAGAUAGAAAGCAGUAGUUCAACAAAAAAGAUGGAGUAGGCAGUGUAGAUUAGGUGGUGAGGGGAGAGAAAGAGGAAAUAGAAGGGAGGAAGAGUGUUUUAGGGGCAGGAAGUGAGUUGUGGGUCGACUGACAAGGGACCGAAGUUUAAGAUAGCCAAGGCGUCAGUAACUUAGGUCAGGCAGACAGCGGUCAGACAUGCCAGACACUCAUAUGUGAGUCAGUGGUUGAGCCUGUCUCUUUUUCUCUUUGAAAGUCUUGAUGUUGAGAAGUUAACAAACAAAAGACGCUUUUACAGUCUUAUGACAACUGUACUGAAAUCCUAACAGUAACCAUGAAGUAGAUUAAUGCUGCGUUCCAGUUACCUCGGAAGUCAGAUGUCGGAGCUGGGAAUGACGUUACACCCGAGUUGAUGGCGUUCCAGUAAACAAGUUGGAAAACCAAGAUGGAUGCCUACUGUUAGCCGUUGUCAGUUGUUGUUAGCGGUUGUUAGCUAUACCAGUUGUCAACAACGCAUAACAAAACAGAAGUGCUAAUAAAUAAUACAUUACGAGAGCUUUUACUGCUACUCUUUACUGUUGAUGCACUGCGCUGCCAUCUUAGGUUAUGACGUUGUUGUCAAAUCAGUGUUGGUGAGCAUUGUCCAACUUUCCAAGUCGGAAAUCCGUCCUUGGGGGUCGUUCCAGUUUAAAGUUCUGACUCGAAGCUGGGAUACCCCGACUUCCGAGUACAACUGGAACGCACCAUUAGUAUUGAGAAGUCAUAACUAAAUGAUAUAGAUGAAAAUGACCCUGAACCAUGACAGCUAGGUGAGAAAGAAAAUGUUAUGGUUUAACUCAGAGGGACACUGUGGUGGAAAGUAUAGAUGGUUAUGCUCAUGGUUAUGCCAAGUAUGGAUGUUUGUAAGGUCAGGUGGUAACCAGGAAAGUUCGACUGAGUAUCCCCAGAAGUGUUCAUGUCACAUUGUCUCCAAACAUUGUGAGAUAUUCUAAUCUUGGCUGAUCUCCCAGGCAUCCUGUGUAGAGACUCACGCCUGUAAUACACACACUAUGGCUCACACUUGUAAUACACACCUACUAUGUUUACAAACACACAGUGUGACGGGAAGGAGAAUGAGCGGGCACUUUUGAAGACUUUGGUCAGGACUCUGUUUGUCAGUUGUACUGAUUUUUCAUUAACAUGCAUGCAUUUCUUCUUUUUCUCAGGCCGGCCUCGGAGUACUCCAGCCCAUCAGGGCGUCCACUGAGCUGCGUAGUGGAUGAGAAUACACCAGUUAUGACGCCAGUUAAUGGGGCUGAGGCCAGUUGUCCACCUGGUGAACAGCGUAUCCAGGAAAGGCGGGUUCGGUCGCAAAGGCAUCGUAACUACAUGAGUCGAACACACCUGCAUACACCUCCAGACCUGCCUGAGGGUUAUGGUAAGAAAUACAAAACAGACACACACGUACAUGAUCCUUGUCAAUGCUUAUCUCCGAUUCACAUGUUACUUUUUCGACUGUGGCCUGCGUAGUGAGGCUCAGGGGGCGCAGCUUGGAUUUGUGACAUAGGAAAUCUCACUGUAUUUGAACCUGCCGUUUGGGUCUGUCAGAGAUUCACAGCGAUUUGAAUGAAGAAAUAAUCAAAAAUGCAAUUUCGCACUUAUUUUUCUCAUGAUAUGUCCUGUAGCAUCAGAAAAAUGCCAUAUGAACAUGUAAACAACAAAAAAAACAUGAUUUUCAUUGGAGUGGGUCUUUGAGGAUUCAUGUCUGAACAGAUUUUUGUUUCAUUACCGGUUUAUCACCUCUGUCUUUGAUCCUGACUGAAUGUUUUUCACUUGUAGUAACACAGUUUCAAGUAUCAAGGAACAGUUUGCACCCUGAGGACCCCAGGUGAAUGAUAAUCCUUAGCUGUUACAUUAGAGAGUCUGCAAAAUUCUUAAAGACUGAUAUUAAAAAGGCAACCAAACGUAAAGUUUCAGCCAUGACUCACAAAAAUAAAUCACAUAUAUAGACAUAGUGGGAUUCACGUUUUUUCUUAAUGAGGACGAUCAAGAUUUGACACCCCUUAUGUAAAUUUUUUUUCUUCAUCUCUUCUUGUCCAUCUCUCAGCACUCUCCUCUGUACAAACCUACUUUCCUCUUCCCCUUUCCUCUCCUGCCCAAACUGUGAAAACUGUAUUCAACCCUCCCUGUGUGUUAAUGUGCUGCCGGUCCUUCUCCUCUCCCGUCCUCUUCUCAUCUUCCUACAAACACAUCCCUGUGUUGAAUAUUUUGUCUUUGCACACUGAUUCUCCCCACAGUAAAAACAAGCAGGACUGGUGUUCAUAGCUCGGUUACCUAGCAAGGAAAAGCCAUUUUGGGUUGUUGGUUAUUUUUUUAUGUCUGCAAAUCUUAGGCUACUCUUAAUCACAGCCUGCAAACACAUCAGAAAUGAAAACAUGGGUACAACUUUCAACAUCAGGACAUUUUUAUGCACUUUUUACAGUCAGUUGCAGUGCACCCGUAAUGCCCACAAAGUCUGUAAAACAAAUUAUUAUUCUAAGUGUGGUGUUGUGAGCCAGCGUUUUAGAAUGGCACUGUCGGUCUCAUACCCCUUUGUACGUCCUGCUGUGUCCACCGAGUCUGGCCGAGGUUGGACAAAGUGAGUCACUGAUGCCCAACAGUCACUUUCUUCCUCGACUGAACCCUCUGAACUGGGGCUGGGUGUGGUGAGAGCAAGCGUGAGAGAGAAUAAGAGGGAGACGGAGGGUGUGAGGGAACAAAAAGAGGGGGAGAGGUGGGUAGGAAAUGAGUUGUGCCAGUAGGAAGUGAGGGUGGUGGAUUGUGAUGGAUUAGCGGACGAAUAUACACACAUGAAUACCACACUUAUGCAGCACACACAUUUUGUGGCAACGUUCACUCACUCUCUCUCUCACUCUCCACUCAGUUAUGAGCUGGGCUGAACCAGAAGUCAGACAAUCCAACUUUAAACCGUCAUCUUCACAUUUCUUUUGGCUGUUUGCAGAACAUUAUACAGUAUAUGGCAUGAGUUGAGUGACGGCUUUUAAGCGUCUCGUUUUUUUUCUGAGAUUUAUCAGAGAGGAGUAUGUUCAGAGCACCUACGAGCCUCUAAGAGGGAAAAAAAAAGCAACUAGGAUGCAUUGAGUAACUCUGUGUAAGGAAAAACACUCAUGAAAGUCUUUGAAAAAUACCUCUCACAUUUAUUUUUCCUCUUCCUCUUGGGAUAGGCCAACUGAAGGCUGCAGAGGAACUAAUUGAUUACUUUGGCGCCCACCUUUAGAAACUCCUGUCCCCGCAGUUUGCCUGUCAUAUCAAUUAUAAGGAGACUUCACCUUUUCCAAAACACACAAACUCUUUAUCCACGCUUGUACCCACCAGAAUUCAGAACAGCUCCAGUUCCAGUAACACUUCCAAGCUUGUUUCGGUGCAUUUUUUGCUAUUUGACACUUUAAUUCAGAUCGAUUUUCUCUCUGUUUCAGAGCAAAGAACAACUCAGCAGGGUCAGGUCUACUUCCUCCACACACAGACUGGAGUAAGCACCUGGCAUGACCCCCGGGUGCCCAGGUAACUCCCUUUCAACUCCAAGUUUCCCUCCUUUAUUGUUACGACUUUAAAUUCCCUUUAAAUUCAAGCUCAUCAGAGGCUUUUAUUAUGAGCACAAUUAUCUAAACUGACAGAAUAUAUUUCUAAUCCUAAUAUGAAACCUUAAUUUAAUUCCCAAAACAGACAGGAAAAAAACUGAGCCUGACUGGGCUUGAACAGACCUAAUUUCUCAUGUAAUUACUCAGCCUGAUGUUCAAAAACACUCCUCUGAGUCAAGUUGUAGUCUCAAGUCCAGGUCAGCCAGUUUAAUGACCCCUAAGUCCACUGUGGAACAUUUUUUGGACAGAUCUUGAGCUGAACACACUGCAGACCAGCGGCUCUGCAUUGAAUCGAACACUUUCACCCACUCUCAGUCGCCCACUGUUUUAUUGUAGAAACAGCCACGGUUACAUUUUUGGCCACUUCUCGGCGUCACUGAUGCUCACUGAUGAAGCACAGGAAUCUAACAUCCAGCUCACCGCAUCGACCUGUGGGUGUGGUCUUUUGGAGUGAGCAGUUUUGUUGCAGUGAGAGCAGCGAGGCAUGUGCUUUGUUCCCGAAAGCUGUGUCCUCGUGUCAUUUAAGUACAAAGUACUUUCACAGACUCACAAACACAAACAAGUUCUCAUUAGGUAAUAACCGCCCAGAUCCUCCAGUUUGUAGUGAUAGGAGAAACACAAGAAGUUAGAAAUCAGUGCAGAUAUUUUGUCAGUGCUCAUCUAAUUGGCUAAGCCCUGUUAACCUCCUGAAAAGGAAAAAUCCCAACUACAUGGAGCAGUUUGUACAACAUUAAAGGAAUAUUCCAGCAUAAAUUUAAGUUAAGGUCAAACACACUGUAACAUCCAGUUAGACUCCCCCUUGAAAGAUUAAUGUUGCCGACUGCUUGCUUCUCUAGUUUACCAACUAGUAACUAGUAACAAUGGCUAUACACAGCGGUCCAAGUCUUCAUGCACAAACCUCAACGAAAAAGCCGCUUUAUAUCCACAAAUAAUGCUCAGAACAGCACCUAACUUCAUCAACAGUACAUAUAGGGUCCUAGCCGCAGUACUAGCCAUCAAGCAUCUUUUCAGCUUUGCCUGGUUUCUUUAGCAAAGAGACUAAACACAACCCACCCGCUCUCCUCCAGCAGCCGCUUGUUUGUGGGGGAGCCCUGACAAGUCGAUCACCAAGUGUAGUGGAGUUUUGCAGCUUAAUGAAGAACAUUUAUGAUCAUUUCUCCUUGGAAAUGCAAUCAGACCGAGACGCUAAGGCAGAAGAACUACCGCGUCUGCAGUGCAAAUACUUAUUAUGAUGAUUAUUACUUCAUGGAAAUGAUCCACUGCAAUACACGUAGACUGCUGUGUAUUGCUGUCGUGCGGUCGUUACUGAAGUUGGUAUAACUAGAGAAGCAAGCAGUCAGCAAUAUUCAUCUCUCAAGGGCGUGUCUAACUCGGUGUUAUGGUGUGUUUGAUCAUAACUUAAAUUUAUGCUGGAAUAUCCCUUUAAUGUGCAGUUAUAUAUUUAUUGUCCAUGUCUUUUAAAAGAAAGUUCAUGACCUUUUUUUUUUCUGCAGGGAUCUCAGUAAUGUGAAUUGUGAGGAGCUGGGUCCACUGCCACCAGGUUGGGAGAUCAGAAACACAGCUACGGGUCGAGUCUAUUUUGUGGACCACAACAAUCGAACAACACAGUUCACAGAUCCACGGCUAUCAGCCAACCUGCACCUAGUUCUCAAGUGAGUUUUUUGCCCUCUUCUCUAAUACUCUUAAGUAGUCGGGUCAAGUAUGCAACCACCGACAGUAGUUGCAUUGAUGAAACACAAACUAUAACAGUAGCUCUCUAAAGUUAUGUCCUAACAGAAAUAGAAGGUAAAAAUAAAGUCAAAUGAGCUGCAAAAAAACAAAACAAAACACGCAGCUCAUAAGAAUCAUGCUGUCCUGGCAUCUUUUCCACAUUCAGCCUUCAAGCAGGCGUGAUAUUCAGAUGAGUUUCAGGGACACUCACUGCUGAGGAGUGUUAGCAGGAUGGUUCGCAGAUUAUUGUUUCAGACGAGGUUCACGCUCACACACCGCCUGUCCUGCGAAUGGACCUGAUGACUCCUGUCUGGGAAUGCUGGAACAACCCGAGGAAAAGGGAAAACUGUUUGGAAAUCUGUAGCACACUUCAGUCAUGAAUCCACAAGCAAGGAAUAUGUCUUCUGUAAGAUGAUAGCUAGUGACUGUCUUGGCUUUGUCAAUCUCACCAGGAGUUUUUUUUUUCUCCUUCUUAUGUCAUUCCCUCUUUCCCCACUUUCCUCUCUGACCUUGCAAUGCGUUUUUGAACUUUUUAACCUGUUUUUCGUCUCAUAUCUUCGCUUCUUUUCUAUGCUUAUAACCUCAUGUUGGUUCAUCCCCCUCCCCCCGACUCCAUCCUGUUUUUUAUAUCCAAUGCUUCAACCCUUUUGUCUGUCAUUCACAUUCUUUUAAUUCCCUUUUGCUCCCUCUUUGUCUUUCCCCGACUUGCCCCCCCUCCCGUUUUCUCCAGCAGCCCAAGUCCAAAUGGUUCCCGUGUGGCCAUGGACAGCCAAAACACUAACCUCAGGUAACCCCAAACACACACAUGCACAUACAUACAUUUGUGCAGAUAUAGAUGUGGGUUUGAAUGCUUCUCUGCUGACGAUAAAUGGCAUAUCAUCACGUAAAUGUUCUCUGAUAAGUCUUCAAACACUUAACAUAAAGCAGACUCACACUGAAUGUCCUACACGUGUGUGUUUGUGUGUGUUUCUACAAAAUGUCCUCUUGCUAAAGGUUGACUUUUAAGUUGGUGUCAUUCAAGUACAUACACACACAGGCCUGUCCACCAAACAUACAUUGGUUUCACACUUAUGCCGCUUUAUUAAAGACAAGGUGCAAAGUGUGAUAAUCCCGUAAACGUAAACUGUGAGAUAAAUGAAUCCCUGAUAUGAUCGACUGAAUUUAAGGAUUGUUCUCCUGGAUUUUUCUCGCCGUCAGGGAGCUCCAGGUACUUUCCGCCAACCAGCAUGUGAGGCAGGGAUCAUUAGAAUAAGUGAGACAGAGAAAUGUGGAGAUUUUUCCCCUUUUGGUUUUUUAGUGCAAAUCCUGAGUGGAAACCUCUUCCAAUAAAAGUUGCUGGCACGAUAGACAUGUUUGGGAAAUGAACAUCUGGUCAUUUGGUCAAAUAGUAUCCAUAUGUGUUUGAGCAGCCUCUGGUUGUGAGUUGAAGCUCAGCUAUGUUAUCCAGUCAGCAUCAUUAACUCUCUGUUUGACUCCUUAUUAGGAGAGAUUUGAGAGAGACCAGACAAUGUUUGCAAAAGGUCAAAACUAACAAGCUCUAAUUUGUAACACAGUUUUCUGCGACACACACUGAUUAAUGAAAACACCCCUGAAAUAUACAGGUUAUACAAAAGCAGAGGUUUUAGUCUUGCUUUAAGACUGUCUGGCAAAUCAACAGUUUGAGGGAGUCAAAUUUGACGAGGAGUCAGGAUAACAUAAUUGUGUCAGCAUUGCCAGUAUUGAGCAGGAGCUCUCUCUGGAAGCUGUGAUUUUACUAGUUUUUACAUUUUUUUUGCCAUAAUUUUAAAGCAAGUUUACCCGAUCCUUACCCAAUACCUUGAGCUCUCAGUUGUCCUCAGACAAGCUUCCAUCGGAGUCUCCAAUCCUCCCGAUUCUCAUACACCCGGCCAGCUCCGAAGAGCUUUCAGCAUCUUUAUUCAGGACGUCCACAUACAAUAGCGCUGAACGUCCUCGUGAACGGUGCCCGUGUGUUGGUUCCAUAGGACCAGCCUGCUGGCCGGGAGCUCCUGAUGUCUAUGGCAGUGGCUGGCCAGCCUCAUCCUCCUAGUUGCUGCCUUCUUGCUGAGCCUCAGCAGUUGCCCGUACAGGUCCUUGUUGGUAAUGUGGAUGUUCUGGUCCACAUUCAGAACAGCUCGUAGCAUUUCUGAAUGAGCCAUAAGACAUAAGACCCACUGUUUGCUUUUAUCGGACUAUUGGUCCUAGACUGGGCCUUGCCACAGCUAACCAACCCUGUCUCAAAGACACAGUGCUUCGAUAAACGCCAAAGGGACUGCAGUCAACUGAUAUCCUGAUGAAUUACAACCUACAGCGGUCUGUUAAUUGCAACAACUGUGCACACAUGCAGAGCAAACACCUGGACCCUGAUGAAAUGCAGUACAGCGUCGUACUGCAGGUGGUUUAGUGGAUGGCCUGUUAUGACACCCGGUGUUUCAGAGCAUUAAGAAAUUAUUCUUUUCUUAUAUAUUUGGAAAACCUCAAAGAUAAAUCAAGCGUGUCUGGGAUUUGCAAAAAGGCUUUUCAAGACAAAAAUGCAAAAUCCAAUGAGACGUUGCACAAGCUGCACGGCAGUAAGACAACAGUAUCUCUCUGUUGUUGUUUGUGUUUUUUCUGCAAGAUUAGAAGGUGUGAGAAAGAUUUUCCCUUACAACACCAGAGUCAGCAGUUUUCACCUUAACCCGACUGAUCCUACAGCACACAGCUUGGUUUGAAUGUGACUCACACGGCCCUGAUGCCGUCAACCUUGCCCUGAUGAAGGCCUUGAGUUGUCAGACAGUCAGACAACCACAUUACUGUGGUCUGCCACACUGUCUCUCAAGUGCUUAGCUUCCUCCCUGCACCAGCACACUACACUAUAUGUCUGAAAGAUUACAUCAGUGUUCGCUGAUAUUUUUAGGUGCUGCUAGAUAAAGGUUUAGUGAGCACUUGCCAGUAUUUUCUAGACUAUACAUAUAAGACAAACAUUUGUAUUGAUGUUUUAACAUCUAAUGACACAUAUAGAUUUAGUUUGUAUUUCACACCUUGUGGGCGUGUGGUGUCUUCAACUUGUGCGAGGUGAAAAUGAAAGCAAGUUGUUGGGUUGGCAAUGAAUCUCAAAUUAUAAAUAUUUAGUUUUUACGUAGCAUAUGCUUGUUAUGGACAUUAAUUUGACAUUUUAAAACCCCCAAAGUGAACAGGAUGGAUCAGGGUCUUGGUCUGGCUUAAUGGAGUGAGAUUACUAGGGCUGUAAUCAACCGAAAAAAUUCUCUGUCGACUAAAACCCAAAAAUCGACAAAUAGGAGGGGUCUGACUCUGACGGCAAACCCUUCUGCAGUGGGGGAUGACGCGGCUCAGCGGAGUGAGAAUAUACUGAUAUCAGCACAAGAAGGCAAUUAAACAGAUGAAAGUCAAAGCGUUCAAAAUAAAAUUAAAAUUUAGCAAACCUAACCGGACGUUGAUUAACGUGGACGUUCUUCAGGCUUCCUGUCUCCAGUGGGUUGGGCGAAUCCAAAAUGGUGAAAACUUGGGGGGUGUUCUGAGACAGGCUGUUAGCUGUAAAACGGGGGUGCUCUGAAAACACCCCCAUUAGCACUUGAUAUGUUCCUCCUGAUGACAUUAACCAUAGACUGUAAAUUGACCCGGAAAAAAAUUGAGUUGACCGAUCAGAAUUUUGGUCGACUCAGCACGUAUCGACCAGUCGACUAGGACUUUACAGCUGUCGAGAUAACACUCAAGAAGUCUUUUAUUGUCACGUAUUUUAGUACAAUUUUUAAAUGGAAAGUGUAAAUCUAAGUGAACAUAUCGAAGUUAGACAGAUUAAUUUUUGUUAUGUGAACUUUUGAAAAAGGUUUUUGUCACUGACUUCCAGGAGAUGUCAGGUGGGGCAUAUUUCUCAUCGCUGUAGUCUGUCUGCUGCUGGUUUCCUGUACUUUCUGUAAUUUUUAAAACCAGUAAUGUGCAGACGUGGUUGCUCGGUAGGUGGGGAGAAUGUAAGAGAUCACACAUUUACUGACAGAACACACAGUUUUUAUUUAUGUAUGUAAUUCUUUACACACAUGCAAACACUUUGAGCCCACAUUCUGCAAAGUGGACUGCAGUGUUCAGCCCACAUUUCUGUCCCUUCCUGCUCUUUAGGCAAAAUAGCACGGCACCAGCUGAUCCUCAGACCAGAUCAUCUCACAAAGGGUCCUUUGAUUCUCUGGGCUGGGUGGGGGUCAGAGUGGGUGAGAAGGGGCGGCUGCUGUGGCUUUAACACCACUGCACCUACUCAACACUAAUUUCAGCCCACCUGUGCCAGCUGCCGUGUCAAAGAAUCAAGAACAUUUUCUCUUAGACACACAAAUGGAGGCUUUACAUUCCUGCGUGUGCACUCUCUCACCUCACACACGCCCAAAGAAAGAGGACGGAGUCCUAUCAUGACUCUGCAGGUUCAGGUGCAGGUGACCCAGUUCUGGAAAAUAUUCAGUACUUUGUUUUUUUUACUCCUACAGUUUCUUUUCCUCCCUCUCCUUCCACCUUGAAAUAACAAUAAUAAAAUCCUCUGCCUCUUAAAUGUGAAAGUUUACAUUUUUCCCCAUUUUUGGUAUUUCACCUAAGUUGUCACAGCAAUGGGAACCAUCUCGCUCUUGGAUUGACCAGAUUUUCAGCUUUGCCGUGCUUGUGUUUUCUAUAUUUACCAUAAAAUAUGCCGAGCUCGUCUCAUUCAGAAACCAGAGACAUUGAACUAUGUUGAAACGUAUUUUUAAUUACCCCGUGCCCUCACAUGGAAAAAAAAGAAAGUGCGCUGAAAUUAUGGUUUAUUAUAUGGUUCAUGAGUCUCAAAGCCAAAAGCAACUCAUUCCAUUUAGUUUUAAGGCCAUCUCUUCUUCCCCUCCUCUUCCCUAAAGUGGUUUUCAGGACUGCUCCGCUGCAGUCUUACCCUUUCUUUGACAUGCUAGCAGCCCCUGUGCUUGCCAAUAAAAUAAAUAGCAGCGUAGUUGAUUAUACAGGGAUAGACUAGCGAAACACUGCACCCGUUUAGUUUGGAAAGCCUGAAUGGACGAGACCUUUUUCAACCCACUGAACCAGAGAAGCCAAGUGUAUAACGAGUGUCGGAAUAAGUGGGUGGCUGUGUGGCUGCUACCUCAGAAGGUCUCUGCUUCCUUUUUUUAUCCCGGUUAAGGCUGCUCGGUGUGCCGUCUUUGUUUGGUCGACGCUCCUCUCCCAGCAGAGGACAGUAGCGUCUUUUAAAAAAAGUCCUCUGCUGGCUCAGCGUCUCUCUGCAGGAAAAUGAGGGCCGCUGUCCUGUUAAAGAGAGAGGGAUGCAAUAUGUUUUUUCACAGCCCACCCAGGGAUCACACCACCAACCAACACCACAAUGAGGGCUGGGGCUAGGAAAGUGACCAUGGCUCACCUUUGCUAAGAUUGGAUUUUACACUUCCCUUGGUUGUGAGCUUUGUUUGGUUUGAGACAAAAUAUGGAGGGUUUGAAAAAUGGCCUGAAUGAAGGUCAACGCAGUUUAUUGAUGCAUACACCAAAUGGAAAUGGGAGAGAGCAAGUCAGGAGAAACAACUGAGAACUGUAAUUCAUGCUGACAUACGCCUCAUUUUUCUGCUCGUUCCUGUCACCGUACUCUCCCUCUGCUCUUUCUGUGUCUGUUGAUCUUCAACCCCUGUUUGAAACCUGUUCUCCCCACAGUCAACCUCCUCAGCUGAAAGACCAGGGUGGUCCUGGGGGCCCUCCACAGGCUCUGUCUCCAGCCCAGCUGCCUGAGGAAGCGGAGUGCUUGACUGUACCCAAAUACAAGCGGGAUCUGGUGCAAAAGCUGAAGAUCCUCCGGCAGGAACUGUCCCAGCAACAACCCCAGGCUGGUCACUGUCGCAUAGAGGUCUGCCGAGAGGAGAUAUUUGAGGUACACCUGAAAUCAGGACGGCCCUUUUUACACUCAUACACCUAAACAACAUGUUACUAAUUCACGUAGAGACUGUGAGAUAACACAUGGUAAUGUUUUUAUGUUUAUUUACCAUCAUUACUCUGAUCAUUGUCCAAAAUCCUCCUCCUCAGUUGCCCAAAUUCAUCGAGAUAAGUAGUCUUUCAUCCAAAACAUGAUAACAACACAUUUCUUAGGUGCUUGAAACCAUAAAAGAAAACAUGCAGCUGACUUUUAAAGCGCAUCUGUGCACAGCAGCAAACACAUUAAGAUUUAAAAUGUGUAACGACAAAAUACAUCGGCAGCGUGUUCGUAAAUUCUUCAUCUGGCUUUAAAAGUAUCACGUGCUGAAUGGCGGACUCUAAAUGUCUCAAAAAAACAAUAGCCAAGUGCUCAAACACCCAGAUCUUUGCAUUUUACUGGCAUUUUUUCACCCUAUUUACGACGUGCACCAGAAAAAGGCCCGGGGCGGCACAGAACCAGUACUCAGAACUACUUUAUGAUUUCCAGAGAAAAGGCAGAACAAAGAAGCAUUUGGUGCACCACAAAAACAUCUCUGUGUUACUUUUCUUCCCCUCCUCUGUCUCUCUGUUUCUUGCCCUCCAAAUCAUUUGUUCUACCACGGCGAGGCAUUCUUUCUGGAUGAUUUCAGCAGCUAAAGAGAUGGCGGGCGGGGGGGGUGGGGGGGGGCUGGGAAGGAGCAAGUAAGGAAGGGAGCAAAGGCAGCAGUGGCAAGUAUUCAGGGCCAGACAUAACUUCAUAACUACAAGUUAAGCAGUGAAAAUAUGACUUCAUCCUCCUGCGACGUGACAGCUGUGGAAGGGGAAACUUGAGUGUGAAAAGCAAGCUCUGCAGAUCCACUUGAGGUUUGCAGUGCAGGAAACAGAGAUGCAGAUAAACGCAGGCGAAGUGACUGCAGUGGUUCUAGUCUGGUUUUCAGUUUGCACGAGUACUGCACCACAAGUUACUCCACAACUGAAACAAAACGUCCUUCUCUUUUUAUUUUCCAGCACGAUCACAGUUUUGAUUUUGAUAAUUUUGACACUUGGUGCAAAACUGCUUUGCUCAGAAACUUGUCGGAUAACUUGAGUUCAGAGCGUCUCUGUGCUGCUGUGUCAGGCGAUCACAGGUUCAAUGUACUGUUGCAGGUUUACUGUAGCACCGAACUGGAGUCUUUGGAGUUCUCUGAGGGUCAGAUGAAACUUCUGCAUUGAAAGAAAACAUGCUGACAAUUUAUUUAACUAUAAAAGAGCGAGAGGAAAAGAAUGCACUGAUAUUAGUUUAUCAUUCUCAUAGAAAUAUUUUAACUGCAUUAAAUCAAGUUCUUGAGAUUAUUAGACUUUUCAAAAUGUCAAAGCUCCUGAUUUGUACUUUCAAACUAGAAAAAAACACCCAAGUUACCUGUACAAACCUUGGAUUUAAAGACCCACUCCAAUGAAAAUCAUGUUUUUCUUGUUGUUUACAUGUUCAUACAGCAUUUUCCUGAUACUAGAGGACACAUCAUGAGAAAAAGAAGUGCAAAAAUGCAUUUCUGAGUGUUUCUGCAUUCAAAUUGCUGUGGAUCUCUGGCAGACCCAAACGGCAGGAUCAGAUUCAGUGAGAUUUCCUAUGUCACAAAUCCAAACUCCGCCCCCUGAGCCCCACAAUGCAGGCCAGGCUAGGAGAAAUAGAGAGGAAAGACCACUGAAAACACUUUAAAUAGUAAAAAAGAUAAAAACUAUUGGAGUGGGACUUUACGGGCCCUACAGACCCAACCAUUGGUUAGGCACAGUCAGGUUUUUUUUCCCCACAUAAACCUCAAGAUCUUCAGGCUUUUGAUAUGAGCAGGCUGGAGGAACCUUUUGGUCUUUCAGGCAGAAAGUUUCUCGGUCCUGUUGGCCUUCCUGAUAGUAUAUUUUCUGUUAUUAGCGAGUUACUUUCUGCAGCCUGCCUUUAAGCCAGAGUAAUGAGGACUUCCUUUAACUAAAUUUUACUCUUGUUCUUUGAUACCAGAGCAGUUCAGUUUUUUUUCACUGUGUGUUCAUUUUGUGUUUAUUUUGUGUUGCAGGAGUCCUACCGGCAGGUGAUGAAGAUGCGGCCAAAGGAUCUCUGGAAAAGAUUAAUGAUCAAAUUCAGAGGAGAGGAGGGGCUGGACUAUGGCGGGGUAGCAAGGUGCUUUGACGCAUUGAUUUUUCUGUGUCUGAAAAAGUCUUUUGAAGGGUUAUUUAAAAACCCAGAUUUCUUAUUAACCUGUGUGUGUUUGUGUGUUUGUGUUUUAGGGAAUGGUUAUACCUGCUGUCCCACGAGAUGCUGAACCCUUACUAUGGUCUGUUCCAGUACUCCAGAGAUGACAUCUACACUUUACAGAUAAACCCAGACUCUGCUGUCAACCCGGUGGGAAUUAUUUUGUGUAACUUAAAAUAGAUAUGUGAAAAUAAUUCACAAAUUAUCACCUCAUCGUCCACCUCAUCAGGAGCUGAAAGAAACAUUAUUACUCUAUUUUCACAACGAAAGUAUAAAAGGAUAUCUUUGGAUGAUCGAGCUGGAGUCCAACAAAAUAUAAUUUAAAGGGUGUUAAAACUGUAUCACGUGUUACAGAAGCGUAUUGCAUUCACUUACAAAGAAAAAAAAGGAAACAGCUUUUUUUAAUAUAUUUUUCUUCUUUUUGUUUCUUUUUUUUCUUCUGUUUUUUUUGUACUAAUAAUUCCCCUCUGUCUGUUUUUCGGACAAAAUUUUUUUCGUAACAUUUUCUUUUUCGUCUUUCUGUUGUUGAGACUGUUUUUUGGACUAAACAAGAUACUUAAAAAUCCUGCGAGAAUCUCAUACAAUCAGAUAAUGUUAACCACCGCAGCUGCUCCAAAUCAGCAGAUUCUCCAGCUCCCAGAUAACUUUGACUACGGGGUCAAUGAGAGUAAAACAUGUGAUUACUUAAACAUAGGGUAUACAAAUCCUGAGGUGCCUGCGCAAAGUAGACAAACUUAUGACGAUUUCAUCUUUCUGACUUAAAGAAAGGAGGAUCUCCCAGUGUCUCAAAUCCAAAAGAAAGUAAAACUUGAUUAAAAUAAACAAGUGGGCCAUGUUUGCUUCUGAUAAAUCAAGCAGAGGGGGAUGAAAGCGUCAGUUUUUAAAUGACCAUGAUCCCAGAGAAUAGGAAAAACAAUUAUUUUGAAAAACAAAACAGAAAAAAUACUCAGAAAAACAGAAAAAAAAUUACUCUUAAAAACAGAGAAAAAAAUAUUUACUUCGAAAAACAGGACAAAAAAAUAAAAAAAAUAAAAAGAAAAUAAAUAAGAAUAAAUAGUCAAAAACUAAAUAGAUAUUCCGAAGAACAGGAAAAAAAAUUACUCUGAAAAAAAGGACAGAAUAAAAUUACACAAGAAAAUAGAGCUUUUUUUGUGAAUGCAAUGAGCUUCCAUAAAAUGUCACCCUUCAUGGAUCGAUGGAAAAUUUAUGACCACCGUCAAAAAUGACAAGUAACAACUCGUUUCCUGUGUCCCUAAAUCACUAGCCUCCGAUUUAAAUCAGUGUAAACAUGAGAUAACAUGCAUAGUUAUAAAAUAAAAACAUUAGACGAAAAUCAUUCUGUUUUAUUUGGGCUAAAAAUGAACUGGACCAUGACGCUUGAGCCAUGAUCUGAAUUUAACAGCGAUUUGACAUCUGUUGUAACCCCACUGUAAUUGUUAAAUUGGGCAGAACGGUUCAUCCCCUCUGAACAUGUGAUUUAAAAAAUACCUACAGUAAUAAAUAUCUUGACAUGAAUAAGCCGUCAUAAUAACCCCGCUUGUUCCUUGUGCAGGAACACCUGUCGUACUUCCACUUUGUGGGCCGGAUCAUGGGCAUGGCGGUGUUCCAUGGUCACUACAUUGACGGAGGCUUCACUCUGCCCUUCUACAAACAGCUGCUUGGAAAACCCAUCACACUCGAUGAUAUGGAGUCUGUGGACCCUGACCUCCACAAUAGCCUUGUCUGGAUCCUGUGAGAAUUUUUUUCAGUUUCAUCCCUGAAAACCCACUUUAAGUGUAAAUAUAUGUCAUAUAUCAGCUUUCAUCAUGACAUCAAGGUUGUUUUCUUGUCAGCUGAGUGUAAAUACUGAAAAACUCUGCGCUUCUACAACCUUGAUGAACUUUUACCCUGUACUUUCAAUAUCAAAAACAGUAAUUAAGACUACAGCGCCCUCUGCUGACAGUGUAAGCUCACAAACUCUUACCUCAGAGAUCAUAGACAGAAACUCAUUCACCAGUGAUGGGUUGAAAUCUUUAUCUGAGAGCGCAGAACUGUUGUCCUAGUUUUCAAAAAAGACAGAAAAGACGGAGUAAAGCGCAAUACUCGUUGGUGAAGCUUCUCUCUCCUCGCCUUCAGGGACAAUGACAUCACCGGCGUCCUGGACCACACUUUCUGCGUGGAACAUAAUGCUUACGGAGAAAUCAUCCAACACGAGCUCAAACCCAACGGCAAGAGUAUCCCGGUCUCAGAGGACACCAAGAAGGAGUAUGUCAGGUGAGAAGAGAGUUACACACUCGGAGAAAAAGUUUGGUUUGAUUUCAACCCACUCGAGUGACACGGUUAGAGUGUUUUUUUAGGUCAUUGUUAUGAGGACUAAAAUGUGUUUUCUGUGUCGCUGUAGUGUUGAAAAAGAGACUGAUCCUGCAUUUCUUGUCCCUCCCUCCUUUCUUUAUUUCUCUGCAGACUGUAUGUGAACUGGCGUUUCCUGCACGGCAUCGAGGCUCAGUUUCUGGCCCUGCAGAAAGGCUUCAACGAGGUUAUUCCUCAACACCUGCUCAAAUCCUUCGAUGAGAAAGAGUUGGAGGUAGGAGGAGAGUCGACUGUCUGAAAAUAACAGACACACUGGCGUGGGCAUCUUUUCAAUUUUUCCAGCUGUGUUGUAGAGGAAAUACUCCAUUCUGUGUUCAUGUUUCUUGUAUAAAAUAACCUAACUCAACCCUAUUUCUCUCUCUCUAGCUGAUAGUUUGUGGUCUGGGAAAGAUUGACAUCUCUGACUGGAAGUCCAACACCCGGCUGAAGCACUGCACUCCUGACAGUAACAUCGUCAAAUGGUUUUGGAAAGCCGUGGAGUCGUUUGACGAGGAGAGAAGGGCAAGGCUGCUGCAGUUUGUAACAGGCUCAUCGAGGGUUCCUCUGCAAGGCUUCAAAGCUCUACAGGGUAAUGGAAGGACCAUCUCAGCUAAUAUUCAGACCUUUUUUUUUUUUUUUCUUUCUCUCAAAAUUCUUUUUAUUGAGUUGUUCUUGGAUGUAUUUCAACAGCAAAUGUCAGGGCGCAAGGGAUUAACUUAAGUACCUAAAAAAAAUAAUAAUAAUAAAUAAUAAUUUAACGCCUAAUGUUAAGGAUGUUGACUUUGUAACAUUGUACUUUGUUGGAAAAUAUCCAUAAAUAAAUUAAAAUAAAUAGAUAAAUAAUAAUAAAUUAGAUGAAUAAAUCUGUAAAUAUUUUGUUUGUUUGUUGUUUAUUUAUGUUUAUCAAACAUGUGCGUGAAACACAAAAAAGUAAACUGAAAACAAACAAACAAAACCAGUGAGAAAAUUCAAAAUAAAAACAAUAAACAAAGCAAAAAAGUAAAAAUAAAAAUAGAAAAUACUGAUAUAAUAAUGAUAAUGCGAACCCAAUAUAUCCGAAAAGGAGUAGGAUGAAGCAUUAUACUUUUUUUAAACCUACCCCUUUCUCCUCUUUCUAGUUAAACAUUAAUUCUCCAGCAUAUUUACAUUAUAUUAACAAAAAAAUAGAACAUAAUAAGAGUAAAUAAGUUUAUUAAUCAUUUAUGAAAACACCUGAUCGUUAAAGUCUGUCUUCCUCCCUGUACCAUGUUCUUGUACUGCUUUUUUAUGAAAGUAAAAAUAAUGCCAAGCUCAUACAGAAUCAGAUCAUACCAACAUAAUGCCAAUUAAAUGAAAUAAAAUAACAAUAUGAUGGAAAUACAGAGGGAAAAAAAUGGGUUUCUAGAGACCACUUGUGAUCGAGUCUUAGACUGCAACAACUUUUUGGCGAUUUGUUUUUUUUACUUUUUUUCAUUUUGAAGGUUUUAAGUGCAACGGGAACAAACCCACUUAUGUUAAUGUCGUGUAACCAAACAGUAGACAAUGUUUAGCUGUCCUCAUCACAGUUUCGGUGUUCUGUCUUCAGGUGCUGCAGGGCCCAGACUAUUCACCAUACAUCAGAUCGAUGCUAACACCAACAAUCUGCCCAAAGCCCAUACCUGGUAUGUGUGACAUUCAGACAUUUAUGAAACAUUUUCACAUGGAAAUACCGGCUUAAAAUCUGUCUCCAUAUUGGAUGAAUAAUCUGUUGUUCUCGUCUUGUAUUUCCAGCUUUAAUCGGAUCGACAUUCCGCCCUACGAGAGCUACGACAAGCUAUACGACAAGCUGCUGACGGCCAUUGAGGAGACCUGCGGCUUUGCAGUGGAAUGAGAGACAUUUUAGAGAGGGUGGGAUUGUUUGUGGCUGUGUGCAGGACUCUGCUAGAAUAUUACUGUCAACUGCAGCAAAAGGACAGACACCCUCUGAGCCCGAUACAUGCGUCUACAACCAGCCUGCAGUCUUCCUCUUCUCUCACCUUUCCUCACACUCUUCCCUCAUCGAUGUCUGUUUGAACAGCUGCUACAGAGUCCUUUGUCCCUGAUGAGAAAAAAUCUUUAGUUCAUUUAUUUUUAUUCAUUGAUUUAAUCUGUUUGGGAUUGAUCUUUAUUUUUGAAUGAGUUUUGUUAUACGGAGUGAAUUAACUUAAAAGCUGCUGCAGUUGUUGAGUGGGCUGUUUGUCUGAAUUCAGAGGGCAGAACUGCAGUUAUCGCCUUAAAUCUAAAUCAGGAAGCUGGUUAAGAACAUACAGAAGUUCAAAAAUUCUCCCCAGGCAUCAGAAAGCAGCAAGUUACUUUCAUUUUCUCCAAUUUCAAGCCGGUUGAAUUGAUUCUCAUCAUGCUACUGAACCUUUAUCACUGCAGGUAUCCUGCCCUUAGUCGCCAUCUUAACCUCAACUAUACACCUUCCUGUCCUCAUGGCCUGCACAGUUGAUUUGCUUCAUUUUGUAUGAGCGUCACAGUUUCAUCCUACCUCAGUUUAAUGCUUUGAUACUUGCAGGGUUGCGUUCCAAAAUGUCACAUGUUCUCUCUCGGAGAAGUCAAAAGCAAAUUGAUUCAGAGUCAGGAAACAAAACCCUGCUCCACGAUGUAUUGAACUUCUAUUCCAGCAGGCACGUUGUAACUGUCAAAUUUUGUUUUUGGUAUUAUGAAUAUGAUUAUGAAAUGGAAUUGGACUGACCUGAGUGUGGGUCUGGUGUUUUGUGGUGUUUUUGAGUUUCAAGCAUGUGGCAGGAUGGUGAAAGAUAAGGGAUGGGCUUUGGUUGAGAUGAAGAAAAUAUGAAAUUCCCAAAUCACUGCAGUCUGACCGCAGCCUUUGUAUACAUGUAUGUAUGUAUGUAUGUCUCUGCAUGUGUAAACAAGUGUGUGUUCGUAUGAAAGAAGCUAAAAGUUUUAUCGAUGAAUUCCCAAUCAUGUGCACAGACACAGUGUUUUUGUAUAUUUGGAGCAGUAGAGCAGAUUGAACCUCACUUCUUGAGCCUGGUUAGUCUUCCUUUUCUCAUCGGAUCAUCCAUCUGCAGCAGUUAUCUAUGAAGUUUUUUCUUUUUUUAAUCCUGCACACUUCUUCUCAAAUUACCCGUAAAAGGGCACAACUGUUCAUGGGACCAGGUUUGAUUUAAAAGACAGGCGUCUAUUUUCAGUCACGUUGUCAGUCUGUCUGUCUCGUCACUUUGGAGCACUUUAAAAACUGAGCAGUGAUGACAGGAGUGUUUUCUUUGUGUUAGAUUAAAUGUAUCAUGUUUUCUUUUUCCUGUACAACCACAUCAGAGUAUACAGAGUAAGACGUAUCUAUACACCUGUAAUUUUUGGGUAUAUAUGUUAAAUCCAUAGCUAAUUUGUAUAUUGUUGCUUGUUCUAUCAGUUUAAAUGCAAGCAUGUAGGUGUCUGCCACAGACCUUCUUUGCAUUCUCAGGUAAUUUUUUUUUUCAGUUUAGCUUUUAUUAUGCUAGCAAAUUGGGUGGGUGGGAGGUGGGGGUUAUGGGAACGUAAUAUCAGAGGCCCUGUGUUUGAACCCAAGAUGAAAAGUCAAAGUUAGCCUUUUAAAAAGUCAUAGUUUUGUCCAUGAUUUACUUUUAUUUUAUUUUAAGAAAGCAUCUCAUGAGCCCUGUGUCAGGGAAAUAGACUGAAGAUGCAGUCAUGCUGCGAGUGUUCAAGGUCUACUGAUUGUGGAUUUCUGGGUACUGCACGGUAAAAAAAAAUGAAACCAGUGAACGUUGUUAAAAUCCUGUCAUAUUCAUCUGCAUCACUAGAGCGUAAAUCCAAAGAACCCCCAGAAACCUUGAGUUUUUAUUUCAUGUCAGUCGUCUGAAAUAUGAGACAUAGCAUUUUGAAGUUUCUGUCGUUGUACAAUUACAGAGGGCGUUUGUUUUCACCAUUAAGAAGCUCACUCAGAGGCAGAGAAGAAACAUUACAACUUUUUUGCACAUUUUAUGCAUACGUGGGCUGCAAGUUAUAAUCAGACACUUCCUUUUAUCUACCGAAUAGUUAAUGGACAGAUUGUUUUUAUGUAGAUAACAUAGAAAUAUAUACACACAUGUUCUUGAUAUGCACACUUGUAUGUUUGUCCAGUGCACACAGUCUACUUUUGUUUUUAUUUUUGCUUUUAUUUUUCGGUCAAGUUUCCUGACUUGUUGAGUCUUUAUAAUGGGGAUUUAGUACAUUAAAGUGAGAGAUGAAUCACUUCUUCUCACAGUGCAGAAAAGAAAAGUUUCAGGUUCCGGCAAUUUCUUCGACCCUUUGAAAGCCUGUAACAUAAAGAGGCUUAUUUAGUCAGUUUAAUCUAAUGAAGACAGCAAGUUCUGGAAAAAGCCCAUGUACCUGAGAAUUCCUCUUAUCAAUGAAAAACAAAAGAAGUCAGUCUGUAGUUCAACAGACCUUCCCCCGACACGCUUUACUUUAAAGGUUUGCAGGUUAUGUAAAAAUCCCUGUGUGUGUGUGUGCGUGCUUGUGUGUAAAGGAUUUUUUAAUAAAACCAGUACAAAACAGAAAAAAAUCUUUUUUUUUUUUUUUUUUUUUUUUUAAAUCUGCACCAUGUUUUUAUUUCUUUUGGUGUCCUAUCUGAUUUUUGUAUUUAUUAUUACAGUAUAUGUGUCAAUAGUUUUUCACAUCAGCUGCUCUGUGAGCUUGUAACUGACACCUGUACAUAAAAAUGAUUAAGAAACAAAGUAAACUUCCUGUACCCUUGCAGAAAGCUGAGCAAUAAAACUAUGCUGUUUGAACCUCACAGCAAUAUGUUUUAUAGAAA